GUAGGGCCUUUAUAUAUUCUCAAUAUGAAAAAUACAAAAACAAGAGACAUUUCUUAUUGUGACACCAUAUUUUAACUACUAAGAAUCAAGUGCCCACAAAAAAGAAAAGAAAAACGGGGGAAAUCUACAAACAGAAAACAAUACAAUAUUUGUUGAGUACAUUGGUACAUUGGAAGCCAUCUAAUGAUAAAAACUUUGCGUUUCAAGUUAAGUAGGUUGGAGCAGGGAUGAUUAUUAACGAAGUGCUUCCUUUAGAAAGAAACGUUUCCCCAUGGUGAUUGGUAACCCCCGCUAUCCCUUUCCAGGACUGUGAGAUUCAGUGCAUGCGGGGGACGUUUUCUUUUUGUCUCCGCGCAUUGCCAAUGCUCCAGGCGCGAGGAUGACACGCAGGCGCACUGAGGUUCCAAGCCGAGCGCGCUGCCCAGCGGCAGUUCAAACCUCGCGCGCCUGCGCACUAACAAAGCGGGAGGCGAGAUGGAGGGGGCGGGGCGGCGUUACGAGUCGUCAGCGAGUUAGGGCUCCCGCCGCCAUUUUGGGUUGGGUUUCUUUUUCCUUUUUUGUGUGCGCGUGUGUCUGCGCGCGCGCGCAGCUUGUCCCUCCGUCGCCGGUGGCCGAAAGAAACGGCUUCGGCGCCCGAGAGCUGCUCUCCGUCGCCCGCCUCCUCUCGUCUCCUCUCCGUAGCAGCGUCGCCUCCCUCGGCGCGAUGUCGGCGAACAGGAACCUGAAGCAAGUGAGGAUUGAGAACAGCUCCCCGGCGGCCGCCCCGCCGAUCAGCAUGGUGGGCGGCGGCAGCAUGAAAGGGCUGCGCGGUCUGGAGCCUCCGCCGGACAACGAAGCGGCGGCGGCCAUGGUGAUGGUGAAGGAGGAAGAGGAGCAGGGCGGCGGCGCCGGCUUCACCGUCGACAUCAAGAGCUUCCUGAAGCCCGGCGAGAAGAGCUACACGCAGCGGUGCCGCCUCUUCGUGGGGAACCUGCCCACCGACAUCACCGAGGAGGACUUCAAGCGCCUCUUCGAGCGCUACGGGGAGCCCAGCGAGGUCUUCAUUAACCGGGACCGCGGCUUCGGCUUCAUCCGGCUGGUGAGGAAGCGUGCUCGGGGUUUCCCUUGGAAAUGGUGUCUGUGUGUGAGUGAGAGAGAGAGAGUCUGUGUGUGAGAGAGAGAAGAAUGAGAGGAAAAUGUUCCAGUGUCCGUCCUCGCUCUGCUUCUCUCCCCCCACCCCGCUCACGUGUGAACGAGGCCGUAACGUGUCCAUCCCUGCUCGCCCCCUCACUCGGGAACGGCUCUGCUGCAGAAACCGAGCGCGCGCGCACGAGCGAGCGACACUCCUCCCGAUAGACGCGCGUACACACACACAUUCACACAAGCCCCCACCCCGCGAAGCCGCUGUGCACGCGGGUGGCCUCCUCCCCUCCUUUCACGUGCCUGCUGUAAGUACGUGGGGCUACGACUUUUCCUUCCGUUUGCCGUUGUCCUCCGUAACCCACGUUCACAGCCAGUUUUGAUGAUGAAUGAAUGGCUUUUGUUCAUUUGCAGCCAUGGAGCCGAUUUUCUGUCCUUCAAACACCCCAGGAGCAACUGAUGUGGAUCCUGUAUGAAGCUGUUCAGAGGAAAGGCCCCCCAACAGAAAUACCAUUGACGAUUCUUAGAAUUUUAGAGUUGGAAAGGACCUCGAGGAUCAUCUAGUCCACCCCCCCCCCAAUGCAGGAAUACAGUGGAACCUCAGGUUGCGGACAUAAUCUGUGACGGAUGCAUGUCUGCAACCCGCAGCGCUUGCAAAUAGAAGCAGUACCCCUGCGCAAGCAUGUGACGCGAUUUAGCGCUUCUGCACAUGCGCGAGCGGCGAAACCCAGAAGUAACUUGUUCUGGUACAUCCGGGUUUGCCGCGGUGCGCCAACCCAGAAACACGUAACCAGAAGCAAUCAUAUCAUGAGGUAUGACUGUAUGCAGAUGUCCCAUACUGGGAUCAAACCGGCUGCAAUAAGAACACUAUGCUGUAGCCAGCUGAGCUAUCCCAUGGUCAAGAGUUAAAACAUUGUCCGCACCAAUCCUGAAAAAGAGAUAAAGCUGUUCCAUAUUCCCAAGCUCCAUGACUAUUUUCCUCAAGUUUGUGUCAAAAUGGUUACCCCAUUCAAGUAUUAAAGGGUGGUCUCACAUGUCUUCGUGUGACUGUGAGCCGCCACCUGCGUUUUCCCCAUCCUCAUAUAUCAUCUGCCCAUCUAAUUGGUUCCACCAUUCUUUAUAACAGUUGCAUGCCGCAAUACAGUAGGUGGCUGAGGAGACACAUUGUGUUUUAAAUUAUAAAAUUUAAAUUAUACUGCUUGGUCUAUAUUCAGGCUGCUCCACAAAUCUAACAUCAUGGGUUGAUAGAAAGCAGGACUAACUUUUCUUUGUGCCCGAAAUGCAGCAACAUUGGUCAGGCAUUCCUACUGAGCUCUUCAAACUUAGUUCUACUCAUAAUUAACAUGUAUUAUCCCCACUUGCUCUGAUAAGCAGACAUUGACGGGAUAUUGGAACCAAUUCACAACCUUUUUGAAAACUAUUUAGGCUUCUCUUGCUGCCUCAUGAUAAAGGGCUAUUUUUACACGUCCCCCUGUUUCUUGCACCAACAGAAUUUCUGUGAGGGACACGGUGGCUUCUUAAUGCUAAGUGGGACUGGGGACCUCAGCAAACACCUAGGGAUGUUUGAGGGUACUGUAGUGCCCCCAGGUGCCACAUUGGUUCCCCCAGCUUUAAGAUAUUCCUCCUUCCCCAACACCAAACUGAGAUUAUUUUGGAAUAUUUAUGGGACUUCUAUGCUGCCCACUAAUUGAGGUUCUUUGAGCAGCGUAAAAAUUACAUGGCAUUCAUAGAUUAAAAAGGUGGGGGAUGCUCGUAAAUAAUAGUCAGGGGUUUCUAUGGAGGAAGAAAAGCUGGCUCAGGUGUGGAUGUGUGGAUGGUUUGACUUUGUGUUGCCCAGGCUUUCAAGCUCCAAAACAACCCCCAACCUUCCUCCCAUCUUCACAUCAGGGGAUGUUGCAGUGAUCACAGUUCAGCUGCUAGGGGGAUGAUUGGUUUGUUUUUGUUCUUAUUUUUAUCAUGCAUUUUGUGUUGUUUAUCAUGUAUUUUUAUGUUGUGAACUGCCCUACGAGUUACAAAUGACGAGUGGUAUACAAAUUAAUAAUAAUAAUAAUUCCCAAACACCUCUGUAGAUUCAAAGCAGGGUUUGAAAUUAGCAGGGUGCCAGGCGCAUUUUGCACCUAAAGAUUCUCCAUUUGUGAGCAUCUCAAAAGGAUUGGGUGCCAUUUUUUUGUGCCUGGCUGACACUCAAGGAUUACAGAAAUGUAUGUGCCUUGAAGCCUCAAAGUAUAUGUUACAGAUAGGCAAUAUGUUAAGGAGUUUAACAAUAAGGAGUAGGGUGUUUUGAAAACUGAAGUAGGGUGCCAAUAUUUUUAUUAAACAUUCAUUAAGAAUUUCUGCUAAAAUGUGAUAUUAACAAUGUGUCACUUAUGUGAAUUGCGUAUUAAUUCAUGCUUAUCAAAAAAAUAAAGUGUUGCCGACACACACACCCCAGCGGCGACUAGACAUUCUGUUUUGGCGCCCACAACCCAGGUCCUAGAAGCCAUUUGACCCCUAACUUUUCUAUCCCAGUUUCUAACACUGAUUCAAAGUUAUAAAGAAGACAGGUUGCUCACCAUGUACGCUAGAGGGCAAUGGAGAGUGGAAUUGUUGAAGCCUGGUCAUAGAAAAUCAGAAACAGAAUACAGAGUACUUGCAGAUUUAAAGUACAUAGGGUGGGAUUCACCUAACCAGCCCUGUCUAUGGAAGCCCCGCACAAGGACUUCAGCUUGCAUAAUGUGGCUUCCCCUUUACAUGCAUUCUGAAAUUGACUUGGCGUUGUGUGUUGGGAGAACCCCCAGAACAGUGCUGGGAGAUGGGUAUUGUUCCAUCUGGCAAGCUGGAAUGCUUGCAUAGCUGGAAAAAUUUGAAAAGCGCAAAGUUGAAUUCCCCCCAUAAAAUGUUGAAAUGAAUUAUUGGUGUGUUAUAUUCAACUGUGCAUUAUGUGUAUAUGUUUUUUUUCCUGAAAAGGAAUCCAGGACACUAGCUGAAAUUGCAAAGGCAGAACUCGAUGGAACUAUUUUGAAGAGCAGACCACUUCGAAUUCGUUUUGCUACUCAUGGAGCUGCUUUAACAGUAAAGAAUCUUUCACCUGUUGUUUCCAAUGAGCUUCUGGAACAAGCUUUCUCUCAAUUUGGCCCUGUGGAAAGAGCUGUUGUUGUAGUAGAUGAUCGUGGUAGAGCAACUGGGAAAGGUUUCGUAGAGUUUGCUGCAAAACCCCCAGCACGUAAAGCUCUAGAAAGAUGCAACGAUGGAGCAUUCCUGCUGACGACGUAAGUUCCUGAUUGAAUUUAUUGUGGUAUAUGUAUAAAGAAAACUAUGUAAUUGGACUAUCUGAUAAAGUAGCAAUAGAAGUUGCUCAAAACUCCUGGAAAAUUGAAUUGGUCUCAGAACCUAGUUUAGAUUUCUUCUUUUUCAGCCUAAAAAAGCUGAUAGUGACAGUGGCUUCUGUGAAAGAUUAUGACUCUACUUUAUAGCAAGUAUAUAUUACAGAUUUCAGAGGCAUCCAAGGCAGGGGAAAGUAUAAGAGAAUGAUUUUAAUCCUCAUGCUACUUUGCAGCCCUUAAUUGAAGGGUCUUGCACCAUAGCAGUCUAGUCUGAGAGGUGAUGAUGAGUUUAAAUUCAGCACUUAUCUGCUGUAUCAUGCUGGCUUUUCUACUCGUAGUCCUUAGUCUGCAUAUUUGAAAGAUACUGUGUAAGAUGUUGGUUUUUAAUGUUUGAUGUUUUAUUAUGUUUUCACAUAUGCCGUAAACUGCCCAGAGUGGCUGGGGAAACACAGCCAGAUGGGCAGGAUAUAAAUAAUAAAAUUUUUAUUUAUUAUUAUUAAAUAUGGUAGUUAUCACUUGGAUAAAAUGUUACUAUGCAGAGACAUAGGAGAAAGCCUGCUCCUAAUCUAAGACAUUUAGUUAUUACUCCCAUUUUAGCAAGAUGGUAUUAACCCUUCUAACUAUUCUGCCCAUUGCUCCUUGAUAGUGAUUCCGGCAUACCUGAAACAUAAUGUAGAUUCUAGACACAGUGCAGCUUAGCUAAUGUUGUACCCAGAAACCCCAUAUUCAUUGCUCUGGAAUAAAAUCUUAGUUUAUGUGAGCAUGAAUUUGUUGGGUGAAUCCCAACUCUGUGAAAUAAGUGAUGCCCAUCUGCUUAAUAUGCAGAAGGUCCAGGGUUAAUUUCGAUGAAAUUGAGCAGCAAGCAAAACUUACUCUACCGAUUGUAGAGUACAAAACUGUAAGAAGAAGGCAGAGAGUACAAAAAAAACCCACAAUACAAUGAUGAGGCAACACCUGAAGCCUUAGAUGAACUUUCUCCAAGAGGCAAGUUUAGGGUAAAUUCAUUUAUCCUUGAAGCCAGCCUAGACAGAAGACCAACAUUGUAUAGGAGUGUAGCUGACAAUUUUCCAUUUUUGGUGAACCUGCAAGCAAUCAAGGAAUAGAUUUAAGUGGCAUUGAGAUGUUGAUGCAAAAGUAUCCCAAGGUAUUGUCCUCAGCAGGAAGUGAUCUGACCAUAACAAGUGGCGGAUGUCAAUAUUCACAACUUUCAUAUAACCUCUCCAGUUGAGAAAACAAGGUUCAGAUUGUGGCCUGCCACAUGUGUUUGGCUGAUGACAUGUUGGGACAGCCCCAUUGUCGUCAUGGCAGCUGUGAAGUCCUGAGCCACCCUAGAGCCUGUUGCCUCAGCAUGGAUGAGAAGUCCCCAAAACCAUCAGUAUUGGAGUCUACCUCAGACACCAGCUCUUGUCACCUCAGGCAAUGAGAUUGCUGGACAGCAAGACUGGUAGUAAACCAGCAGAGUCCCUAACCUUUAUCAAUUCCCCAAACCCAGGAACACACAUAAUGGCGUGGGAAGGCAUGUUCAGUUAAAAUUCCCAAAGGUUGUUACUGUAAUUUAAACUUUGUUUACGAUGGCUGUCAAAAUGUCGGUGGCGUGUCACUUAAUAUGAUAAUUUCCUCUUCUUUGUAUGCUUUAGCCACAAACACAGGUGAUCACUCUGUCGGUUUGUUGGGCUAAGAACUGGCCCUGAAAUGAUACGUUGUAAAAUAAUAAUUGCUUUUAUAAUUCCAUGCUUGGUACAUAUAUAACCAUGGCACUUUGAUAUGUUUCUUUGUAUCCAGUUAUGUAAGCCUCCCCCUGUAGUAAAUCUUUCAGGAAUUUUUGUUGCAAAUGGGAUUAUUUUAAUCAGCCAUUGAACUGUAAUGAAGUACUAGGUGCAACAGACCUUAAAACAGUUGGCUUGAAAUACAUUUUGCUCAGUAGAGAAUGCUGCCGGUUUCUGUGGAUGUUGAGGUUCCAAUGCAUAUUCUAUGGAAUUUUGAGUUAGGCCCUUUUAGUGUUCAGAUUGUUAGUAUUCACAGAGAGCUAAAUAAGCUUUCAGAAUCCUUUUAGAAGUAAAAAUGUGUCACCAAUAAUAAAGCUACAAAGCUAUCGUAAAUCUGCUCUGAAGUUGCUCAGAAUGGCAGCAGCCAUUUUUCUUACUGCAUCAGCUGCAGGCUUGGAUAAUCAAACUUCUUCAACAAGUGGGCUUGGCCUUGGCCUGCUCUUCCCCCAAAACACCCUGUUGUGGAGUAUUGUGCUGGCAGUGGGAAUAACACAGGUAGCUCCUUAACUGCCCAUACCUUUGGUAAGCUCAGUGAGGGCUUCAGCAGUUGCCUGCAGUCAGUGGAGCCCAGCUUUGAGGUUUUAUAAACUCAAGGUAUGUAAAAAAUAUUUCAAGUUAAAAUAACAAUCCGGUAAGGAAUAUGAAAUAGCAUAAAGAAAAAAAAUACAAAACAGCCAGGUUCACAGCCAUUACUUCAAAAUACAGUGGUACCUCGGGUUACAUAUGCUUCAGGUUACAGACUCCGCUAACCCAGAAAUAUUACCUCGGGUUAAGAACUUUGCUUCAGGAUGAGAACAGAAAUCGUGCAGCGGCAGCAGGAGGCGCCAUUAGCUAAAGUGGUCUUCGGGUUAAGAACAGUUUUGGGUUAAGAACAGUCCUCCAGAACGAAUUAAGUUCUUAACCUGAGGUACUACUGUAAAGUACAUUCUCUACUUGGUGAAUUAAAUGUAACAACAAACCAUAUUGAUGCAGAAAGAAUACAAAUUUAAUGUUAUGAAUAAUUGCAUAUUCCAUCUCCAUGUUUGGCUGACAUGUAAGCAACAAAUGGCUGCCAAAUGGAAGUAAAAUCCAUAAAUUUAGCUGCACCCUGAGAUACCCUUCAUUUAUAAGCCAGUUUCUCAGAAAUAAAAAUAAACAUUACCUUAUUGAACCAAAUAUUGAACCAAACAUUACCUUAUUGAACCAAAUUAAAGAAAAACCAAGGACUCCUUUCAGCCAUAUGAUAUGGUCAAAUGAUCAGCUUCUAAUAGAUUUACAUAAUAACUCUAUUCAAUUAAUCAAAAAUUGAUGAAAGACAGAGUUUGGAGUUCAAAGGCACUGGUAUACCUAUUAUUUUAUUACCUUUUCCCAAAAUUUGUACACAUGUUUCCAAGACCACUACAUGAGCCAAUAGAUUCUGUUAGGUUUUGUUAAAUAAAAAUAAAUGUUGUUUGACACAGCGGGUUGAUUGUUAACUCAUGGUGACUUUAAUCAUUAAAAAACAAACAACAUUAAAUCAACUUUUUCUGUUUAUUGUUUAGGUACUUCCUAAACAAGUAUGUACUAAUUAGUUGCUAUAACCAUAAAUAACACAUUGAUUUAAAGUGGAUCAUGUCUUUAUAUAGCCUACUUUAGAAAAAUGAUAGAAUUUGUAUAUAAAAAUGCUUUGGAUCAUGUCAAGCUUAAUUAUAACUUAAUGCCUGGGAUCAUGUCAAGCUACAUUAUAAUUACAUUGACUUGUUUCAUGUAAACAGCACAAUAUGUAAUUUUGUUUAAAAUCUUUUUGUCAUAUAGUCACCCUGCACCAUCUCACACAAAAUAAAAUGCUCUCCCUAAGAAGCAAAAGCUGCCAGUAGUUACUUAGUAUAUUGGGGUUCUUUAUGAGAUGGAAGGUAACUGUCCAUGUCCUUUCAUCGUUAGUCAUAAAUAUGUAUGACUAUCAACUCUGAGCCAAUUAAUUUGUAUGCACCCUGCUGUUUAUAUGCAAGCAAUAUUCCUUAAGUCAUUUUUGCGUACAGACUCAACAUGCAGAUUUUGCUUAUUUGUGCUAUUUGAUAAGUGAACUGGGGACACUGGCAUAUUAUGGCAUAUUAUAUUAAUAAUUGGUAUAUUAGAUUCUGUCACAGCUUCAUUUUACAGGAGUUUGUUUCAUUUAUAAUGUUGUUUUCUUUUUAAGAACCCCUCGACCAGUAAUUGUAGAACCUAUGGAGCAAUUUGAUGAUGAAGAUGGGCUGCCUGAGAAAUUAAUGCAAAAAACACAACAAUAUCAUAAGUACGUUUUAUACAUUCACAUUAUAGAAUAUUAGAAAACAGGAAGUAAAGCUUUAACUCCUGAGAGGUGUGGAUGUAAUUCAAAAACUUGAUUGUUGGUACCAGUAAAGCUAGCCAUGACAAUAUACCUUUAUUUAAAAUAGAUUGGUGACAUAUAAUAUGAACUAGGGGAAAACUGUCAUGGUUGAAGGGCUCUGUUUUUGCCACAACAGAAGUGAAAGCUAAUGGAUAAGGAUGCAUAAAAUUAGAAUGCAUCUCACUGGCCUCAGCCAUAACAAAACUUAUGAAAUAUCCUCACAUUCCACACCAAAAAAAGCUGGCUGAAUUAGAAAUAGUGCAAGAGAUGGGGCUAGCUCUAGCUUUUGGAGGGCUCUUGGUAAGAUUUUGAACUCCUCCCCCUGCUUUGAUGAGUGUCAUGAUCGCUUUUCCUCUUUGCCCAAUUGGUUUCUCCCUCCCUCUCAGGAUUGUGUCCAAAGGGAUCAGUGGCAGGUAGUGAGGGGCACUGUCCCUUGCUGUCUCCUUGGUUGCUUAUAUGAGAGGUUCCCUGACUGAGAAAUAGGGGCUGCACAGUAGCAAGCUGUUGGGAGAAGGUUCUGUCUACUGCACCAAUGUGCCCCAAUUGAUUAAAAAAAUUGCCCUGAACUGUUCCUCUUUCUAUGUGUUUCAUGCAGAUGUGUGUUUUGAACACACAGGUGUGUUGCCUCUACAUCUUGUUUGGCUUUAAAUGAGCUAGAUAUAAGUAAAGAAACGAAUUCUUUUAUUUAGAAUGCGUAAGGAAGACUUGCUUAAAUAAUGGAGAAAUUUGUCAGUUAACUGCAUUUUGCUGUGCCAUUUAUGAAUGCCUUCUGUUCAUGUGAAAUGUGAUGUGCUCCUAGGGAAAGAGAACAGCCACCACGUUUUGCUCAACCUGGAACAUUUGAAUUUGAGUAUGCUUCACGAUGGAAGGCUCUUGAUGAAAUGGAAAAGCAACAGCGGGAACAAGUUGAUAGAAACAUUAGAGAAGCUAAGGAGAAACUGGAGGCAGAGAUGGAAGCAGCUCGACAUGAGCACCAGUUAAUGCUGAUGAGACAAGGUAUUUUGCAUCCCUAUUCUGUAAUUUUUAUUGCAUAAACUGAAUAAUUACUGAAAGUGGUCUGUGUUGUCGCAGGAAAUAUAUAUCUAAAGUGUCUAUACAUUGUGAACAUUUUCAUACUUUUACAAGCCACAAGCAGGGAUUUUUCAGGAAGUUUGUGCAAUGUCCAGAGCUACCUGUAGGUAACCAUACUAUGACCAAACUUAUUUGACACUUUGUAUAUGCUCUGAUGCUAUGUUCUACUCCAUGAUCCACAAAUGCAAGCUUGCCUCCAUUGAAAUAUUUUACUCCAGCCUUUAUAAAUGCACUAGGUCAGGAGUGAGCAACCAUUGUUCCUUUUGUUAUUAAUGUAUGCAGCAUGUGUAAUUCCUUUUUUUAAAAAAAUCACAGUAGCAAAAUAAUAAUAAUACUGUGACUGGGGUCUAAAGUGCACAUGUAAUCUGAGACAUGGUUUAUAGGUAACAUAACUUUUCAUUGUGCUUUUUAGUGUCCAUUUUUAUAUUGAUAACUGUUCCUGUUAAAAUGAUAAUUGCAAGCUGCUGCUUUGAAUUUUCACAGAUCUUAUGAGGCGUCAGGAAGAAUUGAGACGUUUGGAAGAACUUAGAAAUCAGGAGCUACAGAAACGAAAGCAAAUACAAUUGAGGUAUUCUAUAAAUCCACGCUAGAGGGCAAUAGCCCUUAGAUGUGUGAAAUGAGAUUUCAUAACUCAAGAGAUACCAUUUUAAAACUAGCUCUAGUCCUCUGUAGCCUUUAAAACACAUACAUAGUGAAUUGACUACUUAGAGACUGACUACAAAGUCCCAUGACCGUGACACAGAUGUGGGAGGUUGUGUCAGUAGCUGCCAGGGCUAGUGCCUUGUUUUCUUGAUGCAACGCUUAUGAUGCCUUCUCUCCAUCAUUUUAGUUACAGGAAUUAUAGUAUAGUAAUUCAGGAACCUUAGAACUUGUUAUAAAACCAUUGCUUAUAUUUUGCUAUGUUGAAUGUUUACAUAGGUUCUUGAGGUAUCUAAAAGUAACAUGGGGCGAGGAUCAAAUCGCUCUAAAAUGCUUGUGAGUUGUUUAAAAACAGGGUAUUAGAAGCUCAAUUGGAGUCUAUACUGCAGAUGUGGAAAGGUAUUAUGAAGGCCAAGAUGAUGCCAGCAUGGCUAAUGAGCAGAGUCAAAGAAGCUAUUAUAGGCAAGAAGGCAUCCUUCAAAAAAUGGAAGUCUUGUCCAAAUGAAGAGAACAAAAAAAGAAUACAAAUUUUGGCAUCUGGUUGGCCACUGCAAGAACAGGGCAAUUGGCCUGAUCCAGCAGGCUCUUAUGUUCUUAUUGAUGGAGAAAGUGGUCAAAAUACAACAAAUAAAGCAGAGAACAGUAGAUGGAUGAUGAUAUCAUCACCAUCAAUUAAAUUUCUAUACUGCCCUUCAACCAAAGAUCACAGGGCAGUUUAUAGUAUAAAAACACAAGGAUAUGUAACAUAAUAACAAACAAAAACAAUAACCCUUCCACAUAGGGCCAUAGAUAGUUUAAUUAGCCAAAGGCUUGGGAAGAAAAAUGUUUUUGCCUGGUACAGGAAGCUGCUGCAGAAAAGGCCCGUUCCAGACCUCUUGAGGAGGCAGAGGAAGAAAGGCUUCAGAUGAUGAUUGCAGCGUCUGGGUUGGUUCAUAUUGCGGCUAUAGUUCUUCUAAGAUUGAAAAUCAUGUUUUUGUGAUAUUGGAAGGGAAGGAUUUUAUAGUUUUUGGAAUGAAAAGAUGUAAUAAGUAUCUUAGGAAGAUGCAUUCUGUGCAAAACCAUUAGACAUGAAGAAGAACAUAGGCGCCGUGAAGAAGAGAUGUUGCGCCAAGAGGAAUUGAGAAGACAGCAGGAAGGAGGAUUUAAGUCCAAUUUCAUGGAUAAUGUAAGUAGAACUCUUAUUUACUGAAAUGGACACAUGCUUUUCCUAAACCUGUUAGUGAUAAAAGUAUCAUCUUCCUGUCUGCCUUUACUUUCUCUCCAUUAUAACUUACUUUCUUUAAAAGUUAUUCCUGGAACCAUUGUAAUGAUCUAAUAUUUGUCAUAACUCCAUAACAGAAAACAGUGGCCACAUCUCUAAAGUAAUAAUGAUUACUAACAUAAAUGAUUACCCCCUUUCCUUUUCAUAUUCAUUUCUAACUUAUGUUGUCUAUGGCUUAGAUUCUAAGCAUUAGUCCUAAUAGAACAGAAACGACUGUCUGUACAAUCCUCUGCACUGAGAGCAACUUUCAGAAAAAGCAUGUGUUUCAGCUUUCCCAGGACUGUACUGCUUGUAAUUUCCUUUGUGUCAAAUUUGCACACACAAAAAUGCCAUUAAUUCAACUCUGAUUUUGUCUGCCGUGGAAGACUUUGUAGUACACAUGAAGCAAGUGCGAUAUGAUGAGAAACUAGUAUACGGAAACGCAAAUAAAGGGGUAUUUUUGUUCCAUUGUUGCUUUCCUCUUCUACAUGGUACCAGUAAAAAUGAAGAAAUAAUUAUUGUAAAUCACCUCAAAUAAUUAUUCCAAUGCAGAAUUGCUAGAUAGUGUCUUCUGUACAUAUACAUACAAAAUAAUAAUCUGGGAACAUUUUCUAUAUCCUAUUUAAAGAUGUGUUUCCAGAAACAAACAGCUUCUAAUGGUUUUGUCAAAGGCAAAAAAAGAAAUACUGAUGAUUAAAUGAAAGUGGAAGUAGUACAAAGAGAGGGGGAGAGCAUUUCUUGAAAGCAGAGAAGGGUCAGAAUUGUCAUUUGGACCCUGUUGAAGUCAUCCUUCAGGUUCAUCUGUAAGAGGAUAUGUUUUUUAAUGCAGGUUGUAUUUGUCCAUAGGAAGGAAAUACAACUAUAGCCACAUUGGUAUCCCUCUCCUGUCAUUCACUGUAGCAGAUGGGUCAGAUGCCUGGACUUCUACCCUAGAGUCAAGAUGCAAAAUUUCCAGAAUUUUUGAAUACAAGGGGGGAAAUUGCUUGGAAAUUUGGGGAAACAUGUAAGUUUGCAAUAUUUGGGCACCUAAUCUAAAAUUACUACUUUUAAGAAUAUAAAAUAUAUUAUGUAAACGAGGGGGCGCAUACUUGUGUGAGAGAGCACAUACUUAGGAAGCAGAAAUUUCUAGAUUCAGUCCCUGGCACUUUUAAGUUAGAAAAGAAAUCUGGCAGCAGGUAAUGAGAGAGACCUGUCUGAGAUGCUAGAGAGCUACAGCUAGUCAUAGAAUGAUAGAAUUGUAGAGUUGGAAGGGAAUCUCAACAAAAGCAUAAUUUUAAAAGAGAAAAUGGUUCCUAAGACAGUUUCCAUGUUUUCCAUGGAAUUUUUAAAUAAAACUUUGGAAAAAUGCUUCCCUCUACUUUCAUAUCUAUAUUGAAAGUUCAACUGCAUGAAUGGUUAGGAAGGUGCUAUAUAGUAUGUUUUAUAACUAUGCUCACCUCUCAUAUUUAAACUUACAUGCAGGUGAAAUUCCCUAGAGAAGUUUGCUGAAAUAAAAUAACCAGAGUUUGCUGUGUUCCCACAGUUCUGUUAUACGUCCUCGUAUGGGUCUUAAAUUCUGCUGUGCCUGCACCAUUCUUAAGUGUUUUUUCCCCUCUGAUUAUUCAUUUGUGUUGCACCUUUGAUCCUUUAUUGUCCCUGGUGAUUUUUCUUCAAAGCUGGCGUGUGGAAUGAUUUGUAAAUACUUUUGUCAUGCUCUUCACCCAAGUGUUUCUAACUUUAAUUGGAGAAAAGUCUUCAAAUCAUCUCCUGGAAUUUUUUAAAAAAGUGUUAUAUUACAAUUUUAUGCAUUUAUUUUUUCUCAUUUAUGCUGUAUCAGAUAUGAUUAAUGCAUGAGUGCAGCACUCAAUUACUCCGGCAGAAUGUAUUAGUUGCCUCCACUGAAUUGUGUUCAGGGUGCUGUGAGAUGCAUGAAAACUGCUGUGCAUACAUGCAAACCAUCAGUUGGUUUGUGAGAAAUCCUCGUAAGGCAAAUGUUAUUAAUGAUGAAGAUUAAAUGAUACAUAUUAUCUGCUCAUUUUCUUUAGCAUGGGGAGGGGAUAUGAAACAUAGGUUGUGAAAUGUGUUGCACUUUUUUAAAAACCCCACCUUUAACCUAAUGGAUAGGGCGAGUUUUAAACAAUAUCUACAUAAUCUGGCAUACUAAUUUAUAGUAAGUGGAAUAUAUAUGUAAAUUCACAAUAUGCUAUUUAUUGAGUUAUAACUUAACAAUUUUGAAACUGUAUUUGGUUGGUACUGUCCAACAUGCACCCAUAAAUUUUAUCAUUUGGAGGCCUAUCUUCUGUGGAUAUGACUAGUGGAUGUGACUACUUGAAGUGGUGAUCUGAACAUUUUACGAAAUCUGCUGUUCGAAAGAGGAUAAUCAUUUAAUGUAGCAGGUAGCUGAAAGUUUGGGGUGGGGGAGAGAUGUUCAUUUUGCUUUCAUUCCCCAUAAUUUGCUUCUAAAUCUACUUUGAAAAAGAAGUUGUUUUCAAGAUGUUGCAAGAUAGAUGUAAUUGCACUUGCUUGUAAGUAGCAGUAAUAAUUAUCUUGAGGCUAAUGUGCUUCAGCAGCAACACUUCAUUCAUGACUACUUUCCAUAAAGCUGGUAUGACAUUUUUGCUCUAUAAGUUAAUGUUAUGUUGGAAUGUAGUAUCAUCCAGCUGUGUGUAGUUACUUAGCUAAUGUUUACCUACAGUUUAAUAACCUUUCAAAGUACUACAAAACCUGAAAGAUUCUAUAGCAUUUUAUGUAGUUGUGGGUCUUGGUCCAGCGGGUUAGCUUUUAUGUAGAGAGCCCUGUUUGUCCAGGGCUUUUUCUGCUCUCUUCCAGAGGAAAAUAUGGGUGGUGCUCAUGCAUUCUGAACAUUUUCUCGUGAAAAAAAGAGGGUGAUCUAACUAUACUAGUAGGGGGAAAAUUUCACUCAUAUGUUUUCCUUGCUUUGUUAGAAGGGCACAUCAUCUACUCUCUUCCAGUGAAUGUGGAUAAAACCUGCAUGUGUGAAGUCUCGGCAAGUUGCAUAUUAAAUUAAGCAUUUAUGCUAACGUCUUUUCUAUAAUUUUGUAAACGUUUUAACUUAAAACGCUCCAAGUGAGUUGGCAGGUGCCUCCAUUGCUACCUCUUAAAAGUUAGAAGGAAGACAGUGCAAUAAACAGCUUUGCUUGUGUAACCCUAGGUAGCACAGAGUUAUAUGCCAGAGAAAAAGUUAUUUAACUUGCCUACAGUGCAAAUCACUGAUAACUUAGGGUGCAGAUUAGCACUUUUCUAUUAUCUUCCUAAAGCUAGCUUAAAAAGCAGUUCUGGGCAGUUUUGAUUGUAAAUAUGAAAUGUUUGUAAUUUAAUGCCUUUAAUCAGUACAUAGGUAAAAGCAAUCAUAAAAUGAAAUCAUAAGAGAAUUGUGGUAGAAUAUGUAUUUUGCUUGCAGAAACUCCAGGUUCUAUCCCCAUCAACUUCUUUUAAAAGGAUUAAACAGUAAGUGAGGCCACUGACAGAGACCUUGCAGUGCUGGUGCCAGAUAGAGUAGGCCAUACUUGGUUAGAUGAAAUGAGCAUGAUGUGAGGCAGCUUCCUAUGUUUUGGAAAAUUAAAAAAAUAUUCCUGUUUUUGCAUUUCACCAAUAGAUAAUAAACUUAAUAGUUCCUAUACAGCAGGGGUGGCCAACUCCCAAGGGACUGCAAUCUACUUUCAGAAUUAAAAUCUGACAGUGAUCUGCCCCCGUUUUUUAGGGGUUCAGGUAAAAGUGGUUGACCUUUUUAUAGAGGAAUGAAAUACCCCGUUUUAUGCCCAUUUUGGGGGGGACCAUGUUGGGGUUCCAUGUUGGGGGGGAUGACUUUGAAGAGGGAACAGGAUUAGUUGCUCACCAAAACAGCUCUGUGAAAGCGUUUUGCCUCACAGCAAAAACUCCGUCUUCCAUUACAGAUAUCAGGAGAAAAUCCAGGCAGGGGAGAGGGGCCGGGUGCUCUUAGGCAAAAGCAAAGGAAAAUGAGCCCACGUUCGACAGUAACCAGGGAUGUCCAACAGGUUUGGUAGAUCACGGUCAGUUUUUUUAUAGUGGGAGUAGAUCACAGUCUCUUGAAAGUUGGACAUACCUGCUGUAUACCAUGCCAUCUUCAAUAGUUUUUAUAUCAGAGUAUGUUCAGUUCUGACUUUAUUUCUGUAAUCCUAGCAUCGGUAUUGAGGAUCCUCUAAAAUUAGUAUGUUUAUUUGAUUUUAAUUUAUGCUUUAUACUGCAGCUAAGCACCAACAGUCGACGCUUCCUGUCAAAGUACUCAAAAUUAGACAGUUUUUAAAGUCUUUACUUGAAUUGUGUGUCUACCACAUGGUGGUGCUAAUCAUUCAGUUGGUUUAGCAUUUAUUUUGUUUACUGAAAAUGCUUUCAUUAAGGGUGACUGUUUAAUAUGUAUUGGCAGUUUGUGAAGUAAGUGAAAGACAGUUCACUUACUUACCUUAAUGAAAUUCCUAAUUAACUUAGUACGUAUUAGUAGUGACGCAAUGAAUAUAUUACUCUUGAGUUUUUUCUUUUCCUGAAAUGUCUUUAAAGGCUGCUGUUCUCAGUAAUGUUUCCUUGUGAUGCACAGGGUAUAUGGAAUAAUUUGCCCCCCUUUUCCAGCUACCAUCAUCUGCAACCCUUGUCAAAAUAGAGCCAGAGUGGUGUAGUGGUUAAGAGUGGUAGUCUCGUAAUCUGGGGAACCGGGUUCGUGUCUCCGCUCCUCCGCAUGCAGCUGCUGGGUGACCUUGGGCUAGUCACACUUCUCUUAAGUCUCUCAGCCCCACUCACCUCACAGAGUGUUUGUUGUGGGGGAGGAAGGGAAAAGGAGAUUGUUAGCCGCUUUGAGACUCCUUCGGGUAGUGAUAAAGCGGGAUAUCAAAUCCAAACUCUUCUUCUUCUUCUUCUACUUCAUAGCACUUUGCUUGUGACAUGAAAAUACAAGAGAUUCUGUCUUAAACUGUAAGGAUUGUUUUAUUGAAGUUCAGAGGGACAAUGACAGUAUAAGAAAAAGUUUUGUCAAGUAAAUUUACAGACUACUGAGUUUCAGCAGAGAGUUUUCCAACAGAUUAAAUUAGUGUUUCUCAAACUUUGGGUCUCCAGCUGUUGUUGGACUACAGCUCCCAUCAUUCCUACCUAGCAGGAGCAGUGGUCAGGGAUGAUGGGUACUGCAGUCCAACAACUGUAGGAGACCCAAGUUUGAGAAACAUUUGUUUAAAUAAUGCAAAAACCAUACUUCUCCCAUUCCCAGCUUGGGAUGGUGAGUAGAAGGGAAGAGAUGCAUUGGCUUAACUGUUGGACAUUCAGUGAAAGUUUGCCCCAUCUGAAUAUCCUGCAGGACUAUUGGCUGCUGGAAAGACAACUGCAGUCUAGCUCUUUAUGGGGUCAUGAAUUCUUUUGUUCCAAGAAUAUCACAGUUUGCUUAUAUUUAACCAUGCCUACCUCAGAACCAAAAGUGGGCCAUUUAAUUUCUGUCUCCAGCACUCUGUCACCAAAAACACUUACAGUAAAGUGAAUAGCUAACUCUCAGUACUAGAAUGAGGGUUCAUUCAGUUAAGCUGAAUGUUGGGUGAUACAAAAGGAAGUACUCCACACAGUGAGUGCGUAGUUGAAUAUAGAAUUUUCUACUGCAGGAAGUUGUGAUGGUUUGGACAAGCUAUAAAAGGGGAUUAGACAAAUCCAUGUAGGAUAAAGCUGUCGAUGGCUAUUAGCAAUGAUGGAUAUGUUGAAAUAUCUGAGGCACUAGUCCUCAGAAUAACCAUUUGCUGGGUAUCACAAGUAGGUUGGCCAGUGUGAGAACAGAAUGCUGGACUAGAUGUGCCUUUGAUUUGAUCCAGCAGUUAUGGUCUUACAUUCUUAACUGAGCUUUUUUGCUUGGGCAUCAAGAAUCUGGAGGAAAUGUGUUAAGAAGACAUCUUAACACUUCUUAACUGUCUGGGGAGUGGGGAGAAUACAUAACAGGGGUGAAAAUAUAUUUAACUGAGGGAUGUACAGUGGGGAUUAACACGAUCCAAGUUAGUCAAAACGGGAAAAAUUAGUAUCUGUGGAUCAAUUUUCAUUCUGGCUGAUGGGUUCUAUUGCUAGGUCUACGUCCAAAGUUCAGGAUAUUCCUACUUCUGAUAAAUAUAUUUACUAUUUUCCCCCACAACAUUAUCCCUCAGGAUAUAUAGAAAUAAUGAAAGUAGGUGAGAAACAGGCUUGUGCCUUGGUGCCACAGGUUUAUAUAGAGCACCAUGUUCUCAUUGUUGAGAAUACCAAGAGAUUGACAUUUCUGUGCUUGGGGUGAAGAAGGGACCCAUCACCCUUUUUAAUGUUUCCCAGGCCCUAGUGACUCUUCCCAAGUCUCAUGCCAUGCUUUGCCUGGGACAAUAUUUUGGUUACCUUAAAUUCUAGUUUUUCAUCGAGGUUUUCUGCUCCUUUGCUCAUUUUAAACCCUUCUCCCCAAUUCUCUGCUUUUUCUGCUGUGUUUCUCUUUCACCUGAUCCUUAUGGGAAAAUCCAAAUGUGUGGGGGAAAAUAGAGAGAGAGAAGAGGAUGAGAAGGCUUUACUUCCUCUCAUUGGAGAAGAGGGAGCAUGACCAAGUUGAGUCUGGGAAUCCAGCUGUAUUGUCUUCACCUCUUCAUAUACUUGCUAGCAUUCAUGCAUGCUAGUUGUAUUUAAGUGCAGUCUCCCACACUUCUUUCCUCUAAACCUCUUGCCUACUUAAUAUAUUUUGUUUAAGAAGGCUUUUCCUGGGGUCUAACUCAGUCAUUUAAGGAAUGUCAAUUGUAGAGCCCCAGAAAUAGUUGUAUUGUUUUUAGAAUGUGUAAAUAUGGUUUUAUUUUAUUUUAUUUUAUAGCUCGUUGAAAUGAUUUCAUUAUUUUUAGAAUUUGUAUUUUGAUGUCCUAUUUCAUUCUUCUACGCUGCUUAAAUGGUGUUAUUGCUGUGAGGUGGUCUAUAAAUGUGUUAAAUAAACUCCACAGGUUUCUGUCUAUAUCUGUGCCAUGGACAGAAACUGGGGAGGAGCCAUCAGGGACUGAGAUGCAUACUGAAGCUAGUCAGUUGACUGUUUGCCUGUCCCCUGGGUGGAGGAAUGGGUUAACCCAUUAGUUGAUGGGUGCCUUGUUCACUCUAGGAGAGAAAGCAUCUUCAAGGUAAGUAACCAGUGUAUCAUUUAUGUGUAACCACUGCUCUGUUUCUGUUAUUUUCUUGCUUCUUUGAUCACAGUUUUGCAUAUUCAGUGGUACCGCGGUUUAAGAACAGUCCUGUUUAAGAGCGAUUCGGUUUACGAACUCCGCAAAACCGGAAAUAGUGUCCCGGUUUACGAACUUUACCUCUGUCUAAGAAUGGAAUCUGAACGGUGGAAGGGAACUGGUGGCGGUUGGUUUAAGAACACUUUUGGUUUAAGAACGGACUUCCAGAACGGAUUAAGUUUGUAAACCAAGGUACCACUGUAGUAGAUCUUUGCAGUGUGCUUGCUCACUAUACAAAUUGCUUUACUUACUAUACAAAAGGACAAAAAGUUUAUUCAGCAGUACUACUGAUCCCUUCAGUUUUUUAAUACGGUAAUUUUUUGGUAAUUGGAUUUGCAGCUAAAAUAACUUGUGAGAUUUUCUGAUUCCAUCCAGGUUAGAGAUACAAAUGUUGACCCCUUUGAAUGCUUAUACUUUCUUUUCCAUGGCAUGUUGUUUGCAGUUUGGUUCUACAACAUUUAUUACAGAGAUAAAGAUAAGGCUUCUGUCAUUCAAUUUGAUAUGCUUCAAGAUACAACUGAUUGCAUGAUGUAAAUCUUUAGCCACUUAAACUUGUGAAAAAUGAACUGUGCUCUUCGUAGGUGACUGAAGAUCACUUCAUAGCUGAUGAAUUUCCUAUAUGCAUAUUACUUUUCAUGCAUGAUGAAUAUAUUUGGCUGUGGUACAUGUGUGCUUAAGAUUAUGCUUAUUUGGUCUCCUGAUUGUCUUCCAUCCAGGCUAUUGAUCAGUUCCAUGUCUGCUUAUCUGACCAUGCUGUGCCAUCAAAUGUUUCUAUACCAUUCAUUGAGUUAGAAUUUACAAACAUUCUAAACAGAAGUGGCAUCCAUGUAGGAAAUUAACAUAUAUGAAGCAUUUCUUUUUAGUUCUCUUGGCUUGAAGAAUGGGGAUCUGUUCAGUAUCAUGUUAAGGCACUGAAGUUUUAUAAGGCUGAGCCACCACCCACCCUCCUAUUUUGCUUGUCCGUAUUCUCAGCAGUUCACUGAAUAGAUCUAAGAAAAUGUCUGAUAAUGGUUUAAUUGCUUAAAAUCUUAGUAUUUCUCAAUAAAAGGGCAAUGGUGAAUGCUGUUUUCCCGAAGAUUUCCCUUUCAUAGGUAAGCACUUUUUACAGUCAGGACUUCGUUAGUGAAAUAAACUUUUUGGAUAUUAACUAGAAGUAUGCCUGUAUACUUAAUACAUUUUUAAAUAGAACAAAUGUGUGCUAUAAUUUGCUAAUAUUCUCAGUUCCUAAUAAUCUUCAAUUGCCAGCAUUAUAAAAAGUAAUAUGAAACUACAUUACAUGUCAUCUAUGCAGUAGGAAUGUAAUAAAAUUAUUGUCUAUCAUGAGUGGUUAUGUAUACCCCUCAUGCUUCAUUCUACCUCUUUGUACUUAUAUGUACCUACCAAAUGAUCCAACCUCUUUUGUCAGUAGGCCUUGUAAUGUUUUUUCUCCUGUUAGACAUGGGUCAUCCUUCUGCCUUGUAUAAGGUUUUGGAUAAUUAAACUGACAUUCACAGCAGUUGCACUGAAUUUUCUACAGUUAUGAUUGGCCCUUGUCCCCCCCUCUGUUGUAUUUGAAGUAUUGAUGAUAUCACUGCAGCUCAUAUGUUUUUAUGGUGACAGGCAGCUUGUUGUUCACGAAAUCCAUGCUGCGUCUGAGGUCAAUUGGAAUAUGCAUAUAUUUAAUUGUGAUACACAUAGUUUUUAAUUAUUAUUUUAAAAAUACAUUUAAAAUAUUUUAUGUACAGUAGUUAUACUAUGGUACAAUCUGACAUGGUCAACUUUAAAUAAGAACCUGAUUGUGCUGGAACUGUAUAAAGACAAUAAUAGUUAUUAUUAUUAUCAUUAUAUUUAUUUAUUUAUUUAAUAUGCCACCCAUUCUGCUGGGUUGCUGGUUUCCUAGAUCCAACACCAUCUAGGAAAGGAUUGCUGUAUGUAUUGUGAAUUAAGUCUAGAAAACAAAGUCUUGGCCAUUGGGGACAGCCCCAUGAAAUUGUUUCAAUUGUUUCAAUGUAUUUAGAGAUAUUCUUGAUCUAUUUAUUUUUCGUUUCUCUAAGAGAAUUAGCUGAAUGAAGCAAAUAGUAUUUUUCUUGUGGGAAUAAACUUCAGAAAAGGUGUUCCAGCUUCCUACAUAAGCUUGCUUGAAGAAUGAGAUGAAAAAAUGCCUUAAAAAUGGAUGUGAUAGUUUUACAUUGGUUGGUGAUUAUUGUACCUAAGAAUUAAAUAUACACAAACAUGUCACACGAUGUCAAUUGAAUUACUAUGUCGAAAAUCUUCAUAUAUUUACCUGACAAUAAGUCCAGUCUUGAGGGUUAAUUCUUUUUUGCCAGUCUGUACUGUCAAAUAUAUUUAAGAAUAACAUAGUAUAGAUUUAAUACGUGAUUUGCUGAGCUGUGCAACCACACCUGGAUGUAUAUUUGAGGGAAUAUUUUUAUUUUAAUGGAAACCUUAAAAAUAGUUUUUAGAAGGAAUACAUUUCUUCCUGUCCAUUAAUGCUUAGCCGUUAGGCUCCAUUAAUUGAGAAAAUAAAUAAUAACAAAAAACUUGUGAAUCCAGUAAGACAUUUAAAUGAAUACUUACGUUUGAAAAAUAAUAAUAUAUAUAUACUGUAUGUACGAGACAUGUGAUUUAUUAUAGUCAUUCUACAGAAUGAACAUUUGCUUAUGUAUUAUAGUGAGACACUUACUGAGAUGCUGGUGCUGUUUUGCAGUUUUUAAAGAUUGGAUUUAUGGUUGACGCAAUGGAAGUUUCAACCUUAAAUCUGGUUCCAUAUCCAGCUUGGUUCAAUAUUUUGAUUUCAAUGCUGCAGGUGCAGAAAAUCUCCUUUCAUAUAAAUAUUGUAGCAAAAGGCACAAUGUGCUUCACAGCUUUAUUGGAUAUUUCCAGGUAUUUAGAACAGAAGUCAAGACAGGUGCUUUUGAAGUCAGCCGGAAGAAUCAUGCUAGGAAAGUUCUGUUAAACUGUCUUGUUCUUUUGAAGUCAGAUCGGAGAGUACAGCAAUAUCAACACUCACAAAGGGGUUUCUAAUCUAGUUGUAUCUUUUCUCGGGAAUGGGAUACUGUACUUGGAGGCUUUGCACGUGUUCAUUUAUGUCGAUAACCGCAUUUGUGAUGCGAUUAACAAAUCUGAAAGACAUAAAAAUGAUAGGACUGAUUGGCUCAAUGAGACCACAGACUUAAUUUUUUGGUCAUAGCUUCUAUUUUUAUCCUUAACUUUGAACAUAUUUAUGGCCUUUCCCUGAAGACUUGAUUCUGUACACAUGGCUGGAAAUAGCAGCUAAUAUGCCAGUUUUGCUAACCAAGAAAAGUAACUCGAGUAAUGUGGAAAAUGAAAUUUUGAAGCAGAAAAGUCUUCAAUUUAUCCUGUACUUUGAAUAGGCAAGUGAGAGUAGUUGAAUCUUGAUCACUGGUUGUCUCCUCAAAUAGAGCUGCAAAAAUUAAGGCGCAAGCCUUAAUGAAAUUAACAGUUUAUAUAGAUUCAUCUGAAAUAGUCCUAAGCUCAAUAUGUAUUUUUUUCUUUGCAAGUGAUUCCCUGUUCUCCUUUGACUGACAGGUAACAGGGUAGGUUGAUAACAGUUGUCAAUUAUUUGGCCAUUCGCUCCACACUUUGCAUUCUGAAUUUGAGUUAAGUUCUAAUGAGGGACAGGAAAAACAGGCUCCUGCAUAGUGCAGAAAGUUUAAACAUGCCUUCCUUGCACCGGCGGGUGGUAAAAGAAAUCAAGCGCAUGCAUUGGUAACUUUCAGACUUGAUUACUGCAGGGCUUGGUCCUGGUCCAGAAGCUCCAUUCUUCACUAGCUAGACCACUGGUCCCCAUUCUUUGCCAGUGAUGCAGAGGACUCUUAUCCCAACUAGAGGAUGGCCAGUAUUUAUUUCUUUAUUUAAAUUGUAUAGUGCCCUAUACCCAAAGAACUGAGGGCAGUCCUUCCUUAUGUUCAGGAUUCUCCAGUAAAUUGGCGUUCAUUAUUCAUGGCUGGACUUGCCGAUCAGAAGGUUGGUGAUUUGAAUCCCCGUGACGGGGUGAGCUCCCGGUGCUCGGUCCCUGCUCCUUCCAACCUAGCAGUUCGAAAGCACGUCAAAGUGCAAGUAGAUAAAUCGAUACCGCUCCGGCGGGAAGGUAAACGGCACUUCCGUGCGCUGCUCUGGUUCGCCAGAAGCGGCUUAGUCUACGCCGGCUCCCUCGGCCAAUAAAGCGAGAUGAGCGCCGCAACCCCAGAGUCAGUCAUGACUGGACCUAAUGGUCAGGGGUCCCUUUACCUUUAUUCAUGGCUGAGAUAAGGACUUCUUUGAUCCUGAAAUGAUUGCAUUCAAAGGUGCAUCAAAGGUCAGAAUGCUUCAGCCGAAGCAGAAGCCAGAGGUUGCUUUGUGUGACACUGCAGUCUGGCCUCUGAUACUUAGUGUGAAGUAUAUAUCAGGAUUCGUGCCCCAAAGGCUUUGGGACAUGCCUGGAUGUUGAGUGAAGUGAAGUAGCAGAACUCUGGUGACUCGUGGGCUUUAAACAGACACAGAAUGCAGCAAAAUCAUCAGUAGAAAGUUUACUAAGGCAAAAUAGUUUUACAUUUGGGUACCAGGUCCCUGGUACAGCAGUCUCAAGCUCAAUUCAGAGCAUAAUCUAGUUACAGUAUAAAAAUUCCACACCAACGUAAAAACUAUAUACACAGAGAGAAUAAAUCAAAGCAAGUACAUUAACAGGAAUAAAGAAUGAGACUGAGUAGGAUUAUAGCAAUUAUAGCUAGUCCAGGGGUUGUAUGACCUUGGAGGAAACAGAUAACACAGUAUAAAAACAGCAGCUGCAUUCCUGCUCCCUAGAGAACUUUUGAACGCUAGAAUAUACUAGAACACUUCUGUUAGCUUCUAUAAGCUUCUAUUAGUUUCUGUACUUCAUAAAAGUCAUCAUACCCUGACAGUAUACCUUAAGAGCCAAACUGUUCUAGCCACAGCCCCUUCUAACCUUCAAUAUGAACAGCAUUUGCUUUGGAAUUCUCAUUAGCAGGCCUGUGUUUUAAAUAUUUUCUCACAUACUAUGGAGUGUGUUAAAUCCUCACCAAUUCUACUCAGAAGUAAUUCUGGUUGAAUUCAGUGGUGCUUAAAGGUAAAGGUACCCCUGCCCGUACGGGCCAGUCUUGACAGACUCUAGGGUUGUGCGCUCAUCUCACUCUAGAGGCCGGGAGCCAGCGCUGUCCACAGACACUUCCGGGUCACGUGGCCAGCGUGACGAAGCUGCUCCGGUGAACCGGCACCAGAGCAGCACACGGAAACGCCGUUUACCUUCCCGCUAUAAAGCGGUACCCAUUUAUCUAUUUGCACUUAAGGGUGCUUUCGAACUGCUAGGUGAGCAGGAGCUGGGACCGAACGACGGGAGCUCACCCCGCCACAGGGAUUCGAACUGCCGACCAUGCGAUCGGCAAGUCCUAGGCGCUGAGGUUUUACCCACAGCACCACCCGCGUCCCCAGGUAAAUGGUGCUUACUCCCAGGUAAAUGGGAUUGGGGUUGCAGCCUGAGUUAGAGCAGGAACUCAAUCAUAUUGUUCCAGUACUUCUAUCAGUUGCUCAGAUUCCCAUUCCAACUGUGGACCUAAUUCAGAUUUCUGGUCUUAGUCUCUUAAAGCUCUAAAUGGUGUAGGACCAGGCUUCCUGAAAUACUGCAUUCUCCAAAAUAAACCUACUCAAACCGUGAGAUUCUCUUCAGAGGCCCUACCAAGCAAAGUGAGGCUGGGGAAUGCUACUUAAUGGCCUUCUCAGUGGUGGUAUUUCAGAUUUAGAAUGUCCUCUCCAGAGAGUCUGUGGUAAAUCUGAGUGUGGUUUAACUUUUGAACUACAGUUUAUAAGUUCUAUAUGUUUGGGUUGUCAGUGUUCUCCAUGCUAGAAAUUUUAAUGCAGCCUUUUCUUUUUAAUGACCCUGUUUUCAUUUGUAUUUUGUAUCACGUUGUAAGUUGCCUUGAGAAUAGUGCUGUUGGAUACUUUUCUACUACCUUUUGGUGUAUUCCUGGGGUGAGGUGAACAAUCUGGUGUCCAAUUUCAACUAUAUUAAAAUCUUGGAUUUCUCCAUUGAUUAAUUUGGGCGGCUCUCACUUUUAACUUUGGAAACAUUUGUGCAUGAGUGGUACCAUUUUGGCUUAAUAAGGACCACACUUGAAGAAUGAAUUUGCUACUAUUAUAGGAUUAAUAAGGAUGAUAGGACAAAUGAUGUGAACUUCCUUUUUUGCUUCUUUGAUACAGAGGAAGACUCUGGCAGUAUCCCAGCAAUAAUAGCUUGAGGCUGUAUAGAGGGAAUGGUAAAAUGUGGCUCUGCACUUGCUCAUGGAGAGAUACAAUGGAGAGCUUAUUUGUGGUAGACAUCACCCGUCACAACUUCAGAAGAUGUGCAGUUUGCCAAGGAGCCUUCAUUUGCUGUAAACUGUCAGUUUGAUACUGAGUGAAUGUUUCAAAUUACUUUAUUCUCAUUUAGAUGUUCUCCUUAAACUAUACGAAACAGCAAAAUACCAGUUUUAGAGUAAUCCAGAGCUGCCCCUGUGCCUCAAAGAUAUGAAAUAUUUAUUUUUGUGUUUGCAAAAAAAAAAAAAAAGUAUUCAAAAUAUUUCCCCAUCUUGUGUUGGCAGAUUAUUUUUUUGGCCCUGAACCAAUUGCUAGGUUUGUUCCUUCAUUUCACUUCAGUAAUCUGCCCUAUAUAUUGAAUUUUUUACUUUUUCUAACUAAUACAGAAUGCUAUGUUUGCAGGUGUUUCCCAAAAGCGGCUUGCUAUCUGAGGUGCAACUGCAGUGCUAGCUUCCUGGGUGGUCGGGUGCUGUUGUUUACUGAGAGGAGGAAGGGCAAGUUGUUGAGGAGGUCAGGAGAUUAGCACAACAACGUUGGCUGCAGUGAUGUGUUUGCGGUAUGCCAACCCCUACCUUACUCUUAAGCGCUAGCAGCCCAACUGCUAGGAAGCUAGUGUAAUGGCUUCACUGAACCUGACGAAACACUGCCGGUGUUUCCUCUGCAAAAGUUUAGCUUUCUGCAAAAAUCAUAGGUGGAAUGUAAAUCCUUUUGCUAACACAACUGACAGCUAAUGGUUGUGUGACAUGGCUCUCUCAGAAAAAGGUGCUGAAGCUGGGGAAAACAAAACAGAUUUUGGGUGCUCUCCCACUGAAGAUGUCCCUUACUGAAUGUAAAUAUUUUGUGGACUGACAUCUAGGGGUGAUGAGAGUUACUUUCUCUAAGGAAAAGGUAAGAUAUUUGAGAGAGUAAUUCUGGGGGUGUUGCCAGACAUCACCCACCCAUUUUUGCUUUUCAAAGGGUAACUCCUCCAGUUAAGUGUGAAUCUGAUGAAAAUAAGUUUGAUGUACAUAUACAAUGUGAUGUAAAAUACAUGAUGAUCGUAUCUAAUGUGAAACGUAAUAUGAGCCAUACAUUUAGGAACGCUUGCAUUUUCUUUUCUUUCACAAUUUACCUGAACUGCCUAGUGAGCAAACUGGGCUUAGUCAACAUCACUGCAUAGAAGUAUGAAUGAUUUCUUUUUGUAGAUGCAAUUUGCACUUUGAUUAAAAGGUUAAUAGUUGUAAUGGCACAGAGGUUUCGGGAUGAACUACAGAGACCCCAUACCAUUUCGGGAGCAGAGGCAAUUACGGUCCAAUGCAGCCAUUGCUAAUCUGGGGGGUGAGAUUCUUCCUGCACUACUGGGACUCUCCUUGCCAUUCAGAUUUGAAAUGGCGAAUCACAGCCAAGCUGGUGGGCAGUACUUGAGUGGCAGACCUCUCUGGAGCCUAUUUUUCUCUUGAACAUUUAAACCGGCUGCACAGAGGUUUCAGAAUGAAAUACAGCUGAGCGGUUUUCACAGUGAGGUGUUGCCUAAUUACUCCAACAAAGCUUCCCCCCCCCCCCAUUUUCUGUUGACAAAAGUUCAAAGUCCUUCCCACCUCUAAAUCAUACAACUUUCUGUCCAUUGUUUUGCAUGUGUUAUUUGUCCAGGUACAUACAACCUACUUCUCUGCUAUAAUAGUACACACAUUUAGCUGUAGAAAUUUUAUAUUUCAGCUGUAUUAGCCUGGAGGUUAUGUGGUAUUCUAUCCAUUUUGUGUUGUUUAUGUUGACAUUACAAGUAUUCAUGUUCUGCUAAAUUUUUAUUAAAACUGUCUUGGAACAUACUUACAUACAAAUAUGGAAUAUUUGACUGCAUGUCUAACUUUCAUUUGUACUUCUGAAUACUGGUUUUUAGUACUUCGUGCUAACAAUACUACUGCUUUUCCUGAAAGAGCAUACGACACUCUUGGUUCUGUGAGUCUAUUAAUGACUUAAGUAGAACUAAACACUUUAUAAUUCUGCAUUUUCUUGAAUUUUUUUUCUCCACAUGAGAAAAUGUAUCAUAUUUGGGAAAGGGGUACCUUAAAAAAAAUUCUGAAAAUGGGUUUUCUCAUUUAACCUAUGAUAUUUGCACAGUUCCAUUCUUGUGACUUCAGUGGAGUCUGCAGUCUGUGCUAAGUUGCAAUCGAUGUCAGGGGCGCAUGGCUUCUCUCAGUAUUCUAAACUGGCUUGUAAACAUAUUGUAUUGAAGCUGUUUGAAAUCUGAUGCUUCAAUAUUUAUAAAUUUUAUUAGGAAGUUUAAUACUGUUACUGACCACUUUUAGUCUUACAGUAAUUUUAAUAUUUUUGGUUUUAAUCUUGUAAUGGUUGGAUAUAUUUAUCAGAACAGCUUAUUUUUGUAGAUCUGCUUGACUUUUCAUGGUUUUCUUGUGUGUAUUGCCUUAGGUUGCCUCUGGUUGUAAGGUGGGAAAGUGGAAAACUGUGUGUCUUGACUUUAUUAUUCUGUGUUGCAGUUUUUAAUAACUCCAUUCUGAAUUUCUUCAAGUUAUCUAUUAAUGGAAUUGUUUGAAAACCCACACAAACUUUUAAUCUCCAAUAAUAUCUGUGUUCUACUAGCCUUUUGACUUCACUAAAAAGUCAGCUUACUCCCCCUUCCCCACCCCAUUUUAUGAAUGCUACCAUUAAGUCCUAAUUUUGCUUUUGAUGAAUAUUGUUCCAUCUCUUCUAUAGACCUGGUUUUUAGUAAUGAAUUCAACACCUGUGUUUUGCAUGAUUUGGAUUGUAAGGGAUAAUAUAUUAAUAGUUGUGUCUUUUCUUAAUUGCACAGUUCAGUGUACUUGCACAUUAAUGAUCUCAAAUGAUAAGUAGUAUGAUUUUAAGCCCAUAUGGCAGGAUUGUAAACAAGUCCAAUAACACACAGAGACACUUAAUCUUCCACCUACACAUAGCUUUUAGUUAUUUGAAGACUUGAAAAAACCCCUUCAUUUUCAAUUUUCUGAGUUUGCUUGCCUGAUUCUUACUGGCCGAGACCAUUCUUAAUUCAGUACAGGCUACUGGAGUAUUUGCUCACCUGCCUUAAGACAGUGACCUACUGCUGCUAUGACUUUUUACUCCUAAUUGUAUUCUAUAUUGUGAGUUUUCUUAAUUUAUGGCCAUUGCACAUAACGCUUCCAGUCUGAAACAUUUUAAAGACUUCAAGCAGUAUCAUUCCAAACUGCCCAUUUUUUUGAUAAUAUGUGCUGUUAUUAAGGCUCAGAAGAAGAAUAACUAAAAAACAACAAUAUAAGCAACACUACAUACUUUCAUGCGCUUAGGGUCAGUACAUACUGUUUGUUCUGAAUAUCACAGGAUUGUGAGAAGAAUCAUACAAACAAAUUAAAUCCCUAUACACUAAUCUAAAUUGUUGCUGAUUUUCGAUCAUGGUAGUUUUUUUAUACUGUCUUGGAGUGCACUACGACCUGGUGCAGAAGUAAUAUUUCUCAAGCUAUUAUCUAUUGUCUGUUUGGGGACGAGAACAUUGCCCCUGUGGCACUGGAUGCCUGUGCACCAAAGCUCAAGAAUGUACAAGUUUGAGUUGAGAGUACGCAGUCCAGAUGUGUAGUCAACCUCUAGGGGCUUGUUUGGUUGUUACCCACCUCUUUGAUUCUGCCAGGUUUCUGAUCAGAAGAGAGUCUCAACUUCAUUUACUCCUCCUUGUUCCUUUGACCUUGAGCAAAAAUAACAUUUACACGAGAUCCUCUAACUAUAGAUAUGUCAGUUGGAAGAGUCUUGUGUAUUUACACUUUCUCAGCAAGCCCCAGAAUGUAGGACUUCAAUAAUUUACUAAGUUUUAAAACUUCUUUUUUUGCAGGAUUCCUCUGAUUUUAUGUAAAUCAGAAAAUUUGAUUUAUUUUGUAAUAACUGUGACAAAUUAAGUUUUGCUGUUGCUUGAAAAGAUGAGAAUGUUAAAGUAAUAAGUGAUAGGUUGAUUGUGAAAAUUAUGUUUACUUUCAGAGAGAACAGGAAAUGAGAAUGGGUGAUAUGGGUCCUCGUGGAGCAUUAAACAUGGGAGGUAGGGAUCUGAAGCAAAAGGCUCUUGUUAUUUCAAAAUUUAUUUGAGACUGUACAUGUUACUUAUGAGUAUUAUACAUUGAGAAGUAUUCUUGAAAUAUUUAUUUCUGUAGUGAAUCUUGUUCUUCAGGGUUUUUUUUGUUUCAAAUGUGAGUUAUCUUACAAUUAGGAAAAAGCAAAUGAACAUACAAAAUAUGGGCUGGUGGGUUGUUACUUUUUUAAUUUUAAGACUGUUUCUGAAGAAAAGCAAAAUACGAAUUGUAUCUAAUACAAGAAGAAAAGGUUGUGGGUUUUUUAAAAUUACUUCUUGAGAUUCACUUAUUUAAGUUUUUGAAUAUGUUGCCAUUUAUGGAAGAUGAUUCUGGAAAAUGAUUGGAAACAAAGUACAAUUAACAUUUAUCAAAGUCUCCUCAUUGUAACUGGCAUUAAUGAAGCACCUUUGUGAAAAUUUCAUGCUCUAUUAAGUUUAGCACUAUGUAUUCAGUAUCACCACAGUGAUUUAUUAUGGGGCAGCAUCCAAUUGUCUGCUAUGGUUUAUCAACUGAGAAAGUGCUACACUCCUUCAUGCUUGAAUUCCCCCACUCUUCUAACCAUGGCUAAGAUUUUGUGGCCAUUACUGCUUUCUACUUAUAUUUUCUGACCAUUCCGAAGAAACCAUAUUUGGACCUAAAGUCAUUAUCUAAUUUACCUUGUUGAGGCAAGAUGCUCAAAAGGGUGGUAGCUGCACAUGCUUCAGCUAGUCUUGGAUGAAGCUGAUUACCCAGAUUCAAUUCAUUCUAGUUUCAGACCUAGGUUUGAAAUUGAAACUGCUUCGGUUGUCUUCACAGAUGAAAUGUGCUGAAGGAGGGUAAGAGGAGAGUGAUGCUGCUGAUUCUGUUGACUAAGAAAGCAUUAAACAGUCCUGAUUUAUCUUACGGAAUAUUGCCUUCUGCAUGAGCCUCCCUGGCCCUUUCGAUCUGAGUGUGUGACCUUGCUUCUCCUUGCUUCAGAUUCCACCUUGUGUGGAGACUGAGCUGGCCUACAGAAGAAGUGAGGCUUUUACCAUUGCAGCCCUGAAGUUGCUGAAUGUCCUUCCAUAGGACCAACCAGAAAAGCAUUAAUUAUAUAUAGCACUGGGCAAACUAAACAAACAAUGGAUAAUAAAGAAUAAAUUUGGGUGGGGGGGGAGUGCGUAUUCUUGCUGCUUAAAAUUAAACCAUGGUUUAAUUUGAGCCGGUUAGUAUUGGGUUAGUAUAAAUUCUGAAAGCAAAAAGCUUCCUUUUGUGAAUGGAAGCGCUAAUUAAACAGCAUGUGUUUUAAAAUGGGCUGUCUGAUUGAAAUAAUUCUUUAAAAAAUUAUUUAAGGUUCUUAGUGCGCUUACAGUGAACAAAACUUCUAUGAACACUGUCUUUAGAAAUAGAUCCAGGAAUUUUACAUGCAACCAGCACACCCAAAUAGGCUUGACUGCACAUGUUUAAGAGUGCCACCCACAUUUAACCUGCUGGAAAGAUGUGUAGUUUACUCAGUGAAUUUGCUGUAAUUUCCAGAUUUGUGGACAGAGAUGGUGGGCAAGAUGUCUUGUUGCCCAUAAGUAUACAACUGAGGCACAGCAUUUUGAUGUGCACUUCUGGCAGGCAGACCUAUAUUGAACUUCAAGCACUUUAGUAUUGGAGCAUAGGUCUUUCCUCUCUCUAUUACUAGGAAAGAAAGGGAGAGGCCUAGUUAAGUCGAAUUGUCUACAUAAACUACAGAAAGCUUGGUCAGCUUUGGCACCCAGAUUAAUUCAUACAUGUGCUCAAAUAUUAGCCUUAUAUGUAAUAGAAUGAAAGUUCAUUUUACUUGUCAGUUUGUUUAAGUUCUUUGUUUACUUAUGUUUAAGAAAUAUGCACUUGGUUUGAAUAUAUAAGAAUCCUACUACUUCAUCAUUGUUCUAACCAAGCUUAGCUUGAGUAAUUUCCCCAACAAAACCGUGUGUGUGUGUGUGUGUGUGUGUGUGUGUAAAAAACACAGUUGUGGCUGAAGAGUCAAAGUCUAGCUAAAUAGACUUUAUUGAAAAUACUUUAUUUGAAGCAUUAAAAUGACAGCUGAAUAUCAUUUUAUAGCUGUCCUUAACCAAAUGCAUAGAGCAUACAAUUCUUGUCACUCAUCUCUGUUUCCUGGCACUGGUAAAAUUAGAAUCCUAAAUUCUAUGUUUCAGAGCCAAAGUAGGUUUCAUGGGGGAAACAAUAUUCUGUUUCUUCAUGUUUCUGCCCUCCUUUCAUGUGAAGCUGGUGUGGUAGAGUAAAGCUGAUUUUUCCACCCAAAAAUCAUGCAUGUUAACCUCCCUCUGCUCUUAUAAUCCUAGGCAUUUUUCUGCCAGUCCAGCUUUCUUUGUUUAACAGAUAGGAAAGACGUACAGGAGUGAUGGAGUGUGGCAAGAUAGUUUGUGUGUGUAUAAGGUUCAGGUCUCAUUCAUAUGCCUCUUUUUCUAUAACAUACUGAACAUAAACCCCUGCCUUAAAUGUAAUGGGACACUGACUUGAAUAUACAAACAUGUCCCUAAAAUCAUGGAUCUCACUCUUGCUAUCUCUCUCUCCCUGUGUGUGCGCGAAUAUUUUUUAAUACAGUAUGAUGAUUCCUUCUGCAUUUCUAUAAUGUACAGUUCACGUCUUAACUCAUGGGUAUUACUAUUUUCCACUACAAGUCAAUGUGCAGCUGUUUUUAUAAAUGAAGAGGUUAACUACUUGAGUAUAAAUAAGUACAAUACGUUCACAAAGUUAAGUGGAUUCAUACUCUGAUUAGUAAAGCUGAAUAAGUUGCCUACUACUUGAACAGAAAUACCUCUGGGUGACUGCUUUCAGUUUCAUUCAUUCUUAUUUGCGCACAUGUGAUAGUAUCUUCUACCGUAAACCUCUUAAGUUAAUUUUAUUUGUCUUGUGAUUCAAAUUUAUUUGCUAAAAACCAUGGCGGGGGGGGGGAGAAGCUAUGAAAAAGCUGCGUUACACACAAAUGCUGGCACCAGGCCUCUUUGGAUUGGGGCCAACUUGAAAGUUACUGCAGUUACCUGUCUGAAUUGGUAACUUUAUGGAAAAUAAGUAGAGCUGAAACCUAUAAACAGUUUAAGCACUUAAUUUCAGCAGUAACUUUCAGUAACUAACUUUUUCUUAAAACUUUAUGGUGGAAGUAAAUGUACAGUCUCAAAGGAUAAAAGCAAUUUGUUCAUUUAAUUGAUGUUUUGUAUAGUUUGUUGUUAUUGUAAAUUUUAAAAUUCAGUUAGGACAGCUCUAAGUGUAGACUGUUUUGCAUAGAUGCCUUUAGCCCAGCACCUGCUGGAAACCAAGGUCCUCCUCCUCCACCUCCAAUGAUGGGUAUGAAUAUGAACAACAGAGGAACAAUGCCUGGCCCUGCAAUGGGUCCUGGUCCUGCCUUGGGACCAGAAGGAGCUGCAAACAUUGGAGCCCCAAUGAUGCCAGAUAAUGGAACUGUGGUAAUGUAUCACAAAAUUUUAAUUUUGUCUCUACAUUGUGGCACAUCUCUUUGCUGCAAAGAUAACUUCACGCUAAAACUUGUUUAGAAUAGACCUUUGAGUUAAUAAAUACCCUUUGAGAUUGAAAAAUAAUUGAAAAACAAACUUAACUGCAGUCUUGUUGAUAUUGUUAUUGACAUGUAUUAAAAGUGAUUAUACCCAAGAAUUAUGUACACAGAAUUAAUUGCCAAAAUUGUUUUACAGCCAGAAGGCCGUUUUUCACACUUUUGCAAUGAUCAAAGUAGAGGAAUGCAAAAACAAAACAAUAUAUUAUUUUAUAGACAACAAAUAUAAUUGGUUAUUCUUAUUUUGCUGUAUUGGGGCAGGUAAACCUAUAAUAUGAUUGCUGUUGAAAUGACACAUAGUGUGAAGAUAUCUUUGAUUAAGUGAAUCUUAAGUACAAAUUUAAUUUGUUAACAUGCUAGUGUUAUACAAGUGAGGCUACAAUUAUAGAACCAUCUGUGUGACUCAACACGCGGAAUAGCUUCUUCAGAUGGUUGGGUAUAAUUCACAGGUGGGCAGGCUGUGUUGGCAGACUGCAUCUGGUUCUUGGCUUAAUUUUAAAAACCAUCUGCAGUGUGAUCAGACCAGACCUCUGGCAAGAACAUCCUUCUUGCAGGUCUAGAAUGAAAAGAGGUGCCCCAUUCAGUCAGCAUGUGCUCCCUGACAGUUUAUCCCUAAAUGAAUGUUGCCCUUGGCGAGAAAAUGGUUGCCUACUCCUGGUUUAAGUUAACAGAUAGAACUUUCUUUGUUGUGUUUUCCUGUAUCAGUUUAUUUUUGCUGAAAAGUCAAGGUGAUUUUUAAACUUUUAAACAGUAAAAAUGAUUGCAGUGGAAACAACAGAUGAAGCUCUUGCUGUCUCUGAUACUCUCCAAUAUCUUGAAAGCUAGGCUAUUUCUGCUCAUACUGAUUUUGAAGAGAAGUAUAUCAGCACCAGUUUUUUCUAUGUAUUUUACUCAGAAUACUGUUUUCAUGAGGGACGUGGGUGGCGCAGUGGGUUAAACCACAGAGCCUAGGGCUUGCCGAUCAGAAGGUCGGCGGUUCGAAUCCCCGCGACAGGGUGAGAGCUCCCGUUGCUCGGUCCCUCCUCCUGCCAACCUAGCAGUUUGAAAGCACAUCAAAGUGCAAGGAGAUAAAUAGGUCUCCUAUUUCCGGUGGAAAGGUAAACAGCGUCUCCGUGCACUGCUCUGGUUUGCCAGAAGCGGCUUAGUCAUGCUGGCCACAUGACCUGGAAGCUGUACGCUGGCUCCCUCAGCCAGUAAUGUGAGAUGAAUGCCGCAACCCCAGAGUCGUCUGCGACUGGACCUAACGGUCAGGAGUCCCUUUACCUUUACUGUUUUCAUGACAUAUAGACUAGUCGGUUUAAUAGGUCCCAUGUAGCAUGCAGAAUACUGAAAGAGGCAGGUGGGCCUUUUUCUCUUCUCAUAAGGGAACCAAAGGAAAUUGGCCUAUAUUAUGUUAACAUUUAAUAAAGGGAAGGACAAUAUACAGUGGACCCUCUGGAUAUGAAUUAAAUUCGUUCUGGGGGUCUGUCAGCAACCUGGAAAGUCCGUAGGCAGAGGCGCCGCUUCUGCAUGCAGCGCGAUUGAGCGUUUUUGCGUAUCUGCACAGAGCGCUUCUGCGCAUGUGCGUGUGGCAAAACCCAGAAGUAUACACUUCUGGGUUUGCCGUGUUCAUAACCCGAAAGUUGUGUAUCCAGAGCAGUACAUAACUAGAGGGUCCACUGUAUUGUGCUCUAAAAGGAGAUGGAAUUUGCGUUUAUCAACAUACCCUGAAUGUUUUGUAGCAUAAUCAUUUAUGAAGACUUCUGGAAAUGAGCUAUGACAGUGCUGUUAGAAAAUGGAAUGUUUCUCUGCAGCUGGUUAUUUUUUCAAAGAACUAGUAAACUUAAAAAAAAAAAAGAACAACUAGCACACUUUAAAAAAAAAUCAACGACUUUACUUCCGCAUUACUAUGCAGCCGCUGGUCCCCCCAGAAAGUCCAUUCUUGAGGUUGGGGGGUGGGCUUUGGUGUUCAGACCAGCAGUAGAAAUUGGGAAUUGUUGGAAUUCUCUGUGUGUGUGUUUGUGUGUGGAAGUGGAAGUGCCUUCAGCCUAUACAACAACGCCUUUUGGAUCCAAGUGUGAAGGAAGUUUAUUACUGUAUUUGUAUCCUGUCUUUCUUCCAAGGAGCUUAAGAUGGACGUCUCCCUUCCAGUUUUUCUUUGUGGGCUGAGAGACUUUGACUAGUCCCAUGUCACCCACUGAUCUUCAUGGCUGAGUGGGGAUUUGAAGCCUUGUUUCCUAGGUCCCCAGUCCAACUGCAGUACACUGUCUUAUAUUAUUUGCUCAAUUGAGCUCUCCAAUUCUUUGUAAUUUAUUAAAUGGCUGAGCCUCUUUUCCAGAUUUUUGGAAGGUAUACAUAGAUAAUACUAGAGAAAAGACAGCAGUGAAGUCAGAUGGGGACUUUUAAAAAAUGUAUAUAUUUAAAUUAAUGCUCCUAGAUUCAAAAGAGCAUGUAAGAACUUAACUUAUUAGUUCAGUUUGAACGUACGAGUUUUCUGAGUAUAUCUGAAAAUGAGUAUAAUCUGAAACUAUAUCAUAAUGCAAAAAAUAGAUUGCAAAUUUUAUAAUAGCAGUUUUUGUUGUUGUUAGUUUUUCAGCUGACAACAGGUUUAAAUAAAAAUGCCUAAAGGGUUUGGGGCAGUAUGUGGCGGUUGAAUGAGAAUGAGCAGGUAGCUAAUGGCACCUGGCUCCUAUUUUCCCUUCUCUAAAACUUAUUUCCUCUUCCAACUCAAAUUAGUCUACCUUUAACUUGAAAUGUGUUAUAGCUGGUUUUUACUUACCAUUUAAAGUAUUGAUAUGUCUUCCAACAGAAAAUGAAUUGUGCUUCUGCUUACUUUAUUUCAAGAAGAAAUACUACUUUACACGUAUACCGUACAGGAUAAUCUGCAAAAUAUAUUUAUUAUACUUUUGUCUCGCUCUUUAUAUUGAAUGAUCAGGGUGGCUUAGAAACUGUUUCUCAUAGCAUUUUUUAUCUCUUUUUUUUUUUUAUAAAAAAAAAAACAACUUGGAUGUUAGAUCCCUUCCCCUUUUGUCUUAAUAUACUGGUGGGCGCAACAUUAGUUAAUUUACUUUUCAGCUUAUUAUUAAAAUAAUGACUAAAAUUAAUUGCUCCUUUCUUCCUUCUAUGUAUCAUCCUGAUUCUGCUGGACUAUCUGCGAUCUUCAUGAAAACGCCACUUGGUUUCCCCCCCUUGGUUUUAUUGUAACUAAAAUGGUUCUAAAUGGACUUAAAAUAGCAUUCUGAAAGAUUCCCGCAAGGAGGCCCACCACAAAUGGGUUCUCCUAUGGUUAGUAGGGCAGGCUCUGAAACUCCUCAGCCGGCUAUGGGUGGUGUAGGUGCCGUCAGUGGUGGACCCGGUGGCUUUGGUAGAGGAAAUCCUGGGGGCAGCUUUGAAGGACCUAACAAGCGUCGCAGAUACUGAAAUUUAUUUCUUACUUCUGAGAAAAUUGAUUGACUAUCUGGUGUUAUGCCUUUAUAAUUUUAGCUGUUACCUUGAAAACGGUUUUAUUGUUAAUGUAGUCACCAAACUUUUUUGGGGGGUGGGGGAGUAAAACUUACUUUUUUGUAUUCAGUCUUAGGCUUUAACGUAGAGCAGAAAUAAUGUGCUUCAUUUUGCAUGUCUGAUGUUUGUGACUUCAGCAAAAUAAAAUGUGACCAUGCUGUGAAAUUUGUGAGUUCCAUACUUACAAUAAAAUAUAAUACAUAUCUGCUUAAAUGAUUUUGAAACAUUGUUAUGAAUUCUUUCCCUUAGCUUUCUAAUUGUACGCAUAGAUUUUCGUUUUUCUUCAAAAAGCCUAUCUUCUGAAAAUUAAAUGCUUUAUAGAUUGUGACUGUAUGGAAAUGAAAGUGCGGCUUACAACUCAUGGAGCAAAUGUUGAGGCUUGUGCAACUUUAGAACAUCUGAAACAUUCAGUAAGACUUUAUAGAUCUGUUUUAAGUUGUUCUCACCAACAUGUACAAACCUAGUUGCAAUGGGAAUGUCAUAAUAAUGUAUCCUGUGUUCAGCUUUCAAAUAAACACUUGAAAAAGUCUUGAAAAAUCUCCAAGUAGUAAAUAUUCACCUGUGGUUUUGGAUUAUGAAUAAUAAUUUCUUCGCAGGAAACAAAACUCGAAUAUUCUUUAAGAAAACCAAAAUCUUGUUAACUUGGCUGGUAAUUGUGUGUUAAAACAGUAUUUUGCCCUGUAGUUAAGGGUUUCAAUGGAUUGUGUAGGUUGGCUGUUGCCUUUGCAGAAGAUUCAUAAAGAAUAUGAGUUGGCAGUAUAGGUUUGAAGACCUUUCCUUCCUUGAUAAAGUUACUUUUUUCAAUGCUCUUAACUAGUACUGUAUAUGUUUUUUAUCUCACAGCAUGAAAAAAUAUCUUCCAUGUUAUAGGGAGUUGGCUUACUAUAUAUAUAUACAGAUAAUGAUCCUAACUGCUGCUGUUUAGCUCUUGCCAUGGGCAAAAUGAGUUUGCAUUUGGUUGUUUCAUUUAAGUACACACAUUUUCAAUAGGAUUGUUGGUGCAACCUUUACCUAGCUUUUUAAAGGCAUGGUGUAAAGUAGAUACAAUGUACAAAAGCUUGGACAAAAUAAUACUGGGAAUUCCACUUAUACAGUUCAUAUUAAGUAGAGGGAUGAGAAGUUACUGACAUAUACCAAUAUUUAUAUACCAAUAUUGUGAUUAUACUACAAAAUGUUUUUCAUUAAUGUAAAUAUUGCAUGUUUGCAUAUGAAUACUGUUAGGUAACAUUCUAUUAAACCUCAGUGUGUUGGAGUUAUAUGGAAGACCAGUACUUCUGAAUAAGUAUGGUAUAUUAUGUGAGCUGAGUAUGGUUUUCCAAAAUAUGUGGUAACACCUGUCCCCCUAUUUCUAUUUCUGCUAAAUCAAUAUGAGUGUUGGACUUUUUAAAUAAUUAGAAGGAAAACCCUGUAUUCCUGGGCCAAGACAGGACACUAGUGACCAUAUUUUCAUCAGUGUAACAUUUUAUAAAUACUGGUUUUUGGUGGGUGUUUUGUUUUACUCUUCAUGGGUGCUGCAUAAACUAAAUUUGUAUAAAAUCUGAUCUAGAUUAUCAGUUCCAGGAAUUUAUAUUUGUAUGCUGCUGUUUGGAUCCUGAAGAAGCAGCCAUCCUCAUCAUAUGGAAGGUGUGAAAUGUAAAAUAAUGCAGGAAGAUGAUAGCCAUUUAAACGUAAGAGCAAAUGGCUUUUUCCUGCCCUCAUUUUACUCUCAACUUUCUAAAAGGGAAAGGUAGAGAUAAUGUGGAUGAAUUUCUUUGAGAAAUGACUUGUAUGCGUAAAAUUUUAUUGGUGCAUUUUCUGAUACUUUCUCAAGAGUUGCAACACUAGAAAAUGAGGUACUUGAGAAUGGGCUAUAUUGGAGAAUGUGAGAUUACUCUUCUACCCUAUGCAAGCAAUAGAUGUAGGAGGUAAAUCCUUGUUAGUAAAAAUAUUAAUAACUAAAUGGUUCACAAGCAACUGAUGACCUCUGACUUCACUGUUUACAGUCACCCCACCCCACAUCAACUUGUAUUAUCUGUGACUCAAUCCCUGGUGAAGUGGACUAUGGUGGCUUAUGCCAUAAUAAUUCUGUUCGUCUUUAAGGUGCCACAGGACUGUUGGACGCUUUAAUUGAUGAAAUAGUUAUUCAUGCAGUUUAAUGGAUGAAUUCCUGCUUUAAUGCUACUACCCGAUCUCAUACAAAAUGGUUUCAUUAGGCAAAUGUGUGAAAUUAUGCUUCAAAGGGCUUGAGACAGCUGUUGGUGUUGUGAGCCGCAUUAUCUUCAGUGGAGCACACUUGGAGGAAUAAUAAUGAGCUACAUUUUCUGAUGUUUACAAGAUUUUAGGCAAUUUCCCAUUUAUUGAGCACACACUGAACACUUUUCUAUAAUUUUGAAUGUGUAGAAAAUUGUAUUGAUUUUACUAAUUCCAGCAUUCACUCUAUAUUCACUGAGGUAGUUUGCAUGUGUUUUUUUAAAAAAGCUAAACGACACCCCCCCUCAAGUCAUGUCAUGUGUAUCUCAACCAGAGCCAGGGCUUUUUCGGCUGUGGCCCCGAUCUGGUGGAACGCUCUGUCACAAGAGACUAGGGCCCUGCGGGACUUGACAUCUUUCCGCAGGGCCUGCAAGACAGAGCUGUUCCACCAAGCCUUUGGCCAGGGCACAGCCUGACUCCCUCCCUCGGCAAUCUUCACAGAACUCUAGCCCAAUGGUUGCCAUCAAUUUGAUUUGAAUUAAUUUUAUAAUGAAAUGAUUUUAGAAUGUUGUAUUAUUUUAUUGUUGUUAGCCGCCCUGAGCCCGGCUUCGGCUGGGGAGGUCGGGAUAUAAAUAAAAAAUUAUUAUUAUUAUUAUUAUUAUUAUUAUUAUUAUUAGAAAGUGUGGUGUCGACUUAAGCCAGUGAUAGUUCAUGUAAACUUCCAGUAAACUUUGUGACCUAAUGACUACUUCUGUCUCAGAAAGCCACAGCACACAAGUUAACACAACAAUGGGCAAGAUAAAGCAGUUCAGCUAUUACUUUAGUUACCACGUGUUCCUUGAUAACUUUUUGUUUUGAAAUUGUUUUUCAACAUCAAUGUCAAACUUCUCAGUUUUCGCUUUUAGUGUUGGAGCGAAAGCUAAUGUUUUCUGUGAACUUUCUUUGAAUUUUAGAACUCAGUACUUUAUUUAAAGCUAGUUUGAGCAUUUUGGUAUCCAAAAUAAAAGCAAAAGUGUUGGUUGAGCUGUAAGCCUGUGUUCGGGUGGCACACUGAGCCCAAACUAUGGCUUAGCGUGGCACAGCAGUAGAACAACCAGGGAAGAGCAAAGCAGCUGGGAUCUCCUCUCCCAGAUUCUACACGCUCAUGCAUUUAUGCUAAUCCAUGGGUUGGGUUUGUGUGACAUGGGAACCAGGCCAUUGUGUUAAGUUUUAAUAAGCAAAACAUUUAUUGACCAUAACUAAAAGUUAAGUUAGUAGGUACACUACAGAGCUGUUAUCCUGUCACAUUAUUUUAUUGGGAUAUCUUGUACUGGGAUUGAAAUAAAGUAAAAUUUCGUAGAAUUCUAUUUCAUGAUUAUGAUUCUGCUCUAAGGAUAUCUUCCUACUUGAGUCUGUAACCUGUGAACUUUUAAAUUAUAUGAAUCUCAAAAUAUACACCAAUGGUUUUCAUUCUGGUUUUGUUCUUCAAAAUAUACUUUAGAUUUCAUGGAUAUGCAAUCAACAUAAAAUAAUGUUUAUGAUCAGAUUUUUCUGUUUUCUCCUGGUUAGGUGUACUAUAAUGAAGAAAUACAAUGAUUAAGUUGUUGGGACAACUUUUCCAGUUUAAGUGGAAAUGCAAUCUGACAAACACACAAAUUAGAAGAACUUACUCUGUGUCAGUGAAAAUGGCAAAGCCAUCCUGUAGAAUUGAUUUGAGUAAUACUUGUCUUGUCCACUGCCCCAUCUGAUGAUGUUUUUGGUAACCUGCUGUGGUUACCAAAACCUCUUGCAUCUCAUCCAACUUGGAUUCUUCUUUAACAGCACCUAAAUCAGAAGUCUCCUCAGUUAAAACUGGUCUGGAUAAAUUUCAGUUGUAACAGCCUGAGGAUGUUUUGCAAGGUUCUUGCAAGAGUCUUGCCAAAUCCUUCCCACAUGUUGUGGAUCCUACCUUUUCCUAGUUGAUUCAAGAUGUCAAGUGAGGCUUGUUGAAGCCAUAAAACUGAAUAUCUCCUUGAGGAGAAUGGUUCUCCAGUUAACUUGAUGCAAUUUAUAGAUAAAAAACUAAAAAGCAAAGAGUCCCUCCUUGGAUCCUUUAGAUGUAGGAAAUAGGUCAUUCUUUAGUAUAUCCUAGUUUAUGAAUGUGGUAGUUGCUGACAUUGAGCCAGCUUCAGGAUCUCUUGGAAGAGACUGAUAACACUGGAGUAUUACAGUGUUACCAGUAUGCUAGUGGCACCAUUAAGCUUUUCCAUUUCCUCAAAUUUGAGUGAGAUAGUGCAAUUAGGAAUCAUAAUUGGAAUGCCUAACAUGCUGUGCAAGAAUUAAUAAACUGGCACUUAAUCCUAACUGGAGGUGAUAGUGGGGAUUGGUGACUUGUAAACUCUAGAUUGGUGAUACCGUCCUGGAUUCCUACCACAUUAAGCACUAGAUUAGAUUACUGAAAUGUAUUUUAUAUGAGGAUUCCUUGAAAAUUAUUUUGGAAAUUACAACAGUUACAAAAUGCACCUGUUGGAAUCAGAUAACCCAAUUCUAGCAACCUCUUGUCCUAAAGACAGGCGCAUUUGUUUUACAGGACAAAUUCAGAAUAUUUUGGUUUGAAUUUUAAGACCUAACCUAGCGGUCUUACUAUUGCCUGUCUGAAAGAACUCGGUGUUCCUUAUGUAACUUCUAGCUCCUCCUUGGUGGUAGCACCCCAGUCAUGCAGUUCUGUGUUCAGGGCAGGUCACUUGAUGUUUCUCCAUGCAGACUGAGGGGGCAGGUGAAAUAUGUAGUCAUCAGACUUGGGUGUUAAGCUGGAAAAUUGUUCAUUGAUCUGGGCUGACUGUUCAUUAUUUGAACUGUCUUACGGUGUGUGUAUACUGAUCUCUCUUGCUUGUUUGUUCCAGCUUGGUAUCUUUUGUUAUAAAGCAUUUAGAGGAGUAUAUAGUGGAGCGCUAUAGAAAUUUGGGGUGAGAAAAGCGACUUCUCUUCUUCCCUCCCCCCUGCAGCUACCGGCAUGCCUCCAAAAAUCAGUUCUGGAGGGUUGGGGGACCCCUGGAGCAGAUUUUGGUGGUGUGGUGGGGACUGGAAGAAAAAAAGACAGGACGUCCUAUUGCUUAAGUAGGAGGACAUGGUUUGAUGUCGUCCUUAGAAAAUACUUCAGGUGACUUUACAUUUGACCAGUUGAUUUUAUAUAAUCCUGAAAGCUGUGUUAGUCUUUUAGAACAAAGGAAAAUAAAUGUAUGCCUCUAAAUGUUAUUCACAAGAUGCCAUGAGUGAUAACAAACAGAAAGGACUACUGAUUAUCCUGAAACAGUCUUCCACGCUGCAACUCUGGUCUAGAAGGAACAUGUAACUUUCUAUCCAUAUUAGAUUAAUUUCUACUAAUGUACUUAAUAUUUUUGAUUGUAUCCAACUCUCUAGUACGGUUAGUUUACAGCAAAUAUACUAAAAGACAGUGCUUCGGCUUCUAAAGCCAGGGAAGUAUCUGCAGCAUCCUCUGAUGGGUCAUACAAAAAUCGCCACUUUUACGAUACUUUUAGAAGCAAGAAAAACAGGUGAGUCAUCUUGUAUAUCCUGAACUUUUCUCCUUUUUAUGAAACUGGCUGCAUACUUUGUGAUUUUUUAAAAAUUUGGGAACUAAUGCAGGAAGUUUAAGUUCUCAUCAUAAAAAGAUAGAGAAUUGAACCUAGGAUUUUGCAAUUAAGGCCCUUCAAACUUACCUUUAUUCAAAGCAGUGUGUGUGUGUGUGUGUGUGUGUGUGUGUGUAAAUCCAGCAUGGAAGCUUCUGCAACAUCCUACGUGAAAACUGCAUAUGCCAAGGCUUUUUGCUAAUAUACAUACAUUUCUAGUUCAUCAUUAAUUGAGAACCAAAAAUUGUGCUAACGAGUUUGAAAAUUAUUUGAUUCUAUGUUACCUUUGGGGUACAACUAUUGAUCUUUGCUAUUGCCCCUUCAGAUAUCUUCUAAUUUAGUUAUCAUUUGGAUAAAAGCUAGUUCUUGGUCUGUUCUGAAAAAGUGAUGUUUUCAAAAAGGUAUUUGAAAGGUUUCGUUACAGUUAAGCCAUUUGUUACAGUGUCCACUUUCACUUUCCCCAUUGCUAUUGUCAUCCAUACUUUCUGGAAUGAACUUUCCACAUUGUUUUACUGGAAAUUAUUUAGAAUGUUAGCAAAUGUUACUGAUCUACAUCUUGAGCAUAUCACCUGGGGGAUAGAUCUGAGAUUCCACUGUUGAAUAAGGAACAAGUAUUCAGAAACUCUUUAAUACCUAAUAUUACUGCACCAAACAUUCAUAUAGCUAGAUAUAUAACUGAAGGUAAGGAGGGUUUUAGUCACCAGUGGCUAUUGGAGUAAAUCCAGCUACAGUAUACCGAUAUAACCAGUCACAUUGCUUUUCUUCUGUAGUGUGUCUGCAGUGGCUUUUUAAACUCUUGGAUUUAUUUAAGCUUGUGGUAACUAUAUCUGUUGGGGAGAAAAGCAUAUGGGAGUGGGAUAAUUUUAGGUGGACAAACAGCAAAGGAAGGAGAGGGUUAAGUAUCCUUUUACCCCUGUUCUCUACCCAACUAGUAGCUGCUUCCACCUGUAGGGGGGAAACCCGGGAAGCUUGUAAUUCUGUAUGACUCUGGAGAAGGGCUUUGUUAAAAACCUUGCGUUUGGUGUGAAAAGGACUGUAUAAAAAAUUGUAAUAAAAGCCACUUGAGUGACUGGCCAGCUUUAGCAUGUGAAAAGAUGUAAAAAGAACUGAGAACUAAUCCAGAUCAGUUCAGACGUUACAUAGCGAUAAGAUCAGCGUGGUUUGUGGCAUGAAGAAACUGGUUCUUUUCUGCAGUGGUGCUGAUUUCCUGGAACACCCUCUCCUCUGAGAGGAGUCAACCGUGAUGUGCUUUAGACACCUUUUGAAAACUUCAAUAUUUAGAUUGCACUGCUCAGUAUUUUGUUCUAAUAUUUUGAUUCUGGAUUUUUGGUGACAGUAUGUAUUUUCAUUUUAUUUACAUCAUUGUCAUGAUGUUAUAAUUUUUACACUGCUUAGAAAAGUGUGUAUUGGGGGCCUCUAUAAAUUGAUUAAAUAAUUUAUUGUUGAUGUUCUUACGUUUAAAUCACUUUGAGAUACUUUAUAGGAAGAGAUUUAUAAAUAAAAUAAGAAAAUGAACAGGAAACACUUUACCAUGGAAAAAGUCUGAUCGAGAUCUUCUAUUGGCAAGGUGGAUUCAAUUUUUUUAAAAUCAAAGCAAGGUGAUGCUUUUCUGUGGGAAGAUGAAGGGCUUUUGAGAUUUCAGUGUCUAACCAUCACAAUGAGGCAAAAACAUGAAAUAAGACAAUAGUCGUGUUUAGAUUCAACAGGAAACUUGGGCUUCCUAUUACAUGCAAUAGUCUCUGGUUCACAUUCUCCUCCCCCUUUUCAUCUGAACUUGUCACAGGAAACUGUGUCUAGUAUGAAAUUGGAAGGUAAGCUUGCAAUCUUCUGCUGUGGUGUGUGAAAGAAAAAUAUGUAUUUGUGUGUGCAUGGAAGGCCUGUGCUUUUAAUGGGAAACCAUAAUUUCCUGUGGUAUGUUGAUCUGGAAAACAAAUUUUAAAAUGUAGGGUUUGAAAUUAUAUUGACAAUGCUUUCUGAAAUAGACACUUCCCAUAAAGAAAAUUGCAAACAGAUUUCAUUAAUAUAGUACAUGGACUGACUGCCUCAGAUUAAAUAUAUUUCCUAUCCUAUCUAUAGUAAAUUUGCAGAAUAGUGGAUGCUGUUGAACACUUGGUGAAAUCAGAUUUCCUUUCCCUUCAGAUUUUAAUCUUUACAACUAGAAUUCAUACUUUUAUGAAAAAUGUGGUACUAUAAUAUUCUGUGCUUGGGGUUCUUUUAGUGCUUCAUUUAAGUCUUCAUUAAGCCCUUAUAUAAUUUACCUAAACUAGAUUUUUUGAAACAGUGAAUCUAUGAGUACUGAUCCCAUUGAAUAGAUCUUAAUUUAGGGGGGACUAAAGUUGUGUAUAUAGUCAACCUCUUCCAUUACUUAAAAUGAACUGAUCAUUUAUAGCUACUCAAAAGUAUUCUUGCAAUACGUUGUAAUGAAUAUAGGUUAAAGGUUUUUUAUUUAAGAAUGAUUUUUUACCUCAUUAAUAUACAUUGGAAGUGGUUUUGUUUGAAUGACUAAUUAGAUAAACACAUGGUAAGGCAUAGUUUAUUAAACCAUGGUGUAUUUGGUCAUUAGAGCUGGGCCCAGUGACUUAAGCAUAGUUUAUUAACUAUUAAUAAACCAUGUUCAUAAGCCAUGGGUAAUUGGAUAAACCUUAAUAAUGUUAACCGUGGAUUAGCAUUAUAUGAACAAAUGGGUCCUGGAAUUCAAGAACGUUAUAACACAGGUUUUUAAAUGUGCUAUUCAGCAGUUUAAUAUUGGUUUAGCAGAAGACAGCAUAAGGCAACAACAAACAUUGACUCUAUUUCAUUUUUACAAAUUCUUGCUGAUCAUUUUGGAAAACUAAUUGUUCAGACAUACAGUAGCAUGCUCUUGUGACCUUUAUGCUUCAUGUAUUAUGUGAGGAGAUGUUCAGUAAAAAUGCUCAUUUGGUGCCAUAUUAUGUGCAUAAACCUGUUGAUUAAACCAUAAAUUUGUCCUUAUUAGAUGUUUUAUAAAGUAUAGGAGCAUAUGAAAAGAACUAGGCCAUAUAUAUGUGUUGUGGCAAACUUCCUCUCCUUUCCCUGUCAUUCGUGCACAUGCAUGAUGUGGCUUAAGAAGUUAGAUCUUCAGAAAGACUUAAAACCUGCUGACACUGUUUUGUAAGUGGAACUAGGACACUGGCCUUAUCCUGGUGCCUCCUGCAGUCAAAGGUAAGAUUAGACACAGAAAGGGUGAUGCUAAGGACAUUGUGUGUAAUUUUGCAUUGUGGAAGAAUUCUGAAAAUCAUCCUGUAGGGAUGUGAUCUCAUGUUGAAAAUAUGGCAACCCAAAGGGGUGUGCCUAUAUCAUGGGCAUUUUGCUUUCGUAAAAUGUACCAUUUGUACUCACCUGUAAGGUGUUUUUAUCGGACAAAGGGCCAUCUAGUGGUCAAGGGUGGGAAAUGCACUAGUUGAGGAAGUACCGUAUUUUUCGCUCCAUAGGACACACUUUUUCCCCUCCAAAAAUGAAGGGGAAAUGUGUGUGCAUCCUAUGGAGCGAAUGCAGGCUUUCGCUGAAGCCUGGAGAGCGAGAGGCAUCGGUGCGCACCGACCCUCUCGCUCUCCAGGCUUCAGGAAGCUAUCCGCAAGCCUUGCAAGCCCGGUGGGAGUUCCCGCGGGCUCACAAGGCUUGCAGGCAGCAGCCUGCAGCCCCGGCGAGUGUCCGCAAGCCUUGCGCGCCCGGCAGGAGGUCCCGCCGAGCGCGCGAGGCUUGGGGCGGCAGCUGUCGCCCGAAGCACGGGAGCCCUCCGGAGGGCUCCCGUGCUUCGGGCGAGUGUCUGCAGCCUUGCGCGCCCGGCAGGAGGGUCCCGCCGAGCGCGCGAGGCUUGGGGCGGCAGCCUGUCGCCCGAGCACGGGGAGCCCUCCGGAGGGCUCCCGUGCUCGGCGAGUGUCUGCAAGCCUUGCACGCCUGGUGGGAGGUCCCGCCGAGCGCACGAGGCUUGGGGCGGCAGCCUGUCGCUCGAGGCACGGGAGCCCUCCGGAGGGCUCCCGUGCUUCGGGCAAGUGUCUGCAAGCCUUGCGCGCCCAGCAGGAGGUCCCGCCGAGCGCGCGAGGCUUGGGGGCGGCAGCUUGUCGCCCGAGCAUGGGGAGCCCUCCGGAGGGCUCCCGUGCUCGGGCGAGUGUCUGCAAGCCUCGCGCGCCCGGCAGAAGGUCCCGCCGAGCGCGCGAGGCCUGGGGCGGCAGCCGCGGGGGGAAUAAUUUUUUUAUUCAUUCCCCCCCCCCCCCAAAAAAAGGGGGUGCGUCCUAUGGGCCGGUGCGCCCUAUAGAACGAAAAAUACGGUAGGUGGUGUUUCAUUGCCAGUGACCUUAAUCCAUAUUCUAACAAGUCCAGCUUCAGGCAAAGGGCAAACAACACAUAAGAGAAAGGGGACAAUCAAGCCGACUGCUUCCUCAAAGAAUAAGCAAACAGAAACUGACCAGUGUCAAACAGCGUAACAUAACAUGGUGCAUGCAGGAAAUACAGGCUUAUUUAUACCUAAAUAACAAUAAAUCCCAGAGAACAGGAUAAGUACAAAAAUAGCAGUCUCAUAAGCAAGAGAAAUGAAACCUCUGAGCCAUCAAGCCAAUGUAGUUAAAUACACUUGGAAAACAGAAAAGAAUGGAACAGGACACUCACAGGAGAAAUGAAAAAGGCGCUAAGCCAGAGAGAUUCGGAAAUGGAAUCGCUGGAAACAGAGUACCUACUGGUGUAUUUCUGUCCUCAGCCACUAGAUGGCAGAGGCCUCCCCCUACACAGCCCUUUGUUCAGGGAAAAAUGUACCAAGCCAAUCAAAUAUUUAGGAUUCUGCUGUGUGCUUUUGAAGAAACCGGAACAGACAUUUCUAUUCAUAACUUUCUAAUAAUCCUCUUAACUAGAUUUAUUUGCAUCUGAGUUGGGAUAAACGUUAUUAGGGGAGUAUGGAUAUUCUCCCUCAAAGAGUGGGUUGCCUACUUCAUAGCUUCCUCAUAUCUGUACUUUUAGGAUUAUCAAAGAAUGGGUCAAAGAAUAAAUACAUCUAUUAAUUUGUAGGAAAUUUGUGUGUUGAAAGGGUGAUUUCAUGCCCCCAAACCACCCACUUUUAAAAAAUAUUUACGAAAUGCAGAUACUAUAUGGGAAUCUCUAGUCCCUCUAUUAUAUUAUGAUCAUUUGUCAGAAUUAUGAUUUUUUGUUAACAUGAUUUUCCAAAUUAAUUGUUUCAUAGGAAUGUAACAUUUUCUGUACUACUAUUCAGAAGAAUCCAAACAAACUUGAGAAUUUUGCAACACAAAUAUGCUGAUUACUCUUGAUGAUUCCUAAACUUUCACAAAAGUUUGUGUCAUGUUUAUUGGGACCUUAUAGAAGAUUAAAACCAAAAAAGACACAUCAUAUGAACAUAGAAACUUUGCUUGCUCAUGUAGUAGAUAUGAAAAUGACAUAUGCAACAAGCAGUGCUUUGUUCUUUCAGUUUAUCUACUAAAUCUACAGAGUUGAAACCAGAGAAGUGCAAGCAAAAGUUCACUUCUGCAACAAACUUCCACUGCAUCUCCUUUGAAAAGCUGCUUUUGAAGGUUGGGGUGCUCUAGAAUUGUGGGGAAUGGGCUCUGAGGGGCUUGAGUUGGGAAAUUGUAGAAGUGAUGGGGGGGGGGGGACUGUCUUAUGCCAGGCAAUUUGUGGAUCCAGCCCAAAAGUUUAUUGGACCUUUAGGUAUAUUUCCAUCAGCUCCAGCACACUUGUAAUUAGUCCUUAAAGAAUACCCCAUGGUUUUUUCCUAAUGGUUGCAAGUAAAAAGAAAAAAGAAAGACUACAAGUGAAUACCUUAGUUGCUAUGGUCAGGUACAGUGGUGCCCCGCAAGACGAAUGCCUCGCAAGACGGAAAAACCGCUAGACGAAAGGGUUUUCCGUUUUGAAGUUGCUUCGCAGGACGAAUUCCCCUAUGGGCUUGCUUCGCAAGACGAAAAUACCUUGCGAGUCUUGAGAUUUUUUUCGCUUUUCCCCUUUAUCUAAUCUGCUAAGCCUUUAAUAGCCUUUAAUAGCCUUUUAGCAGCUAAUCCCUAAGCCUUUAAGCCUUUAAUAGCCGCUAAACAGCUGAUAGCGCUAAUAGCGCUAAUCCGUCAAUGGGCUUGCUUCGCAAGACGAAAAAACCGCUAGACGAAGACUCUUGCGGAACGGAUUAAUUUCGUCUUGCGAGGCACCACUGUACUUUCAUUUUUGUCAGUGUGUUUGCUGCCUAUUUCAGAUGCUGAUUUGGAUUUAAUUUGGACCUCUGCUUUUGAGUUCACAAGUAUUUUUUUAAGCAAAAUUGCUUGGUAAAGUAUUGCUUUAAAUUUUACUCAGUUUUGUGAAAUUGGACUUGUGACAGAUGCAGGGCAGAAUUCAAAGUCGUACUCCUUGAACUGUUCUUGCAGCAUUUCAGAUUGUCUGAGGAAACAAUCUCCCCUGACCUCCCCCUGCACACAGUUCCUGUUGCACUAUCAGGACUCAUUGUGCUGCUUCUUGCUAAAUCGCUCAGCUAAACCCAGCCCAAAGAAGAUGGAAGAUCCAUUAUACUACUGUUUAGAAAGACAGUAUUCCCUCCCACUCCUGAUUUAUAUGUUUAUUUAAAACGGUAGUCUUCAACCUUUUAAGACCUGGGAUCCACUCUUAACCCAAACAUGAAUUUGAAUAUUGAAUAUGGCAGUCGUAUUUGUAUUGCAGCCCACCUUUUAUUAAGAUGCAAGCCUGUAGUGGCUGCAACCCACCAGUUGAAGGCCAAUGGGUUAAAAUAUUUUGGGUUUUUGCCCCUAACACCCAAGGCUUUACAUGGGACUUUAAAAAAAUAUUAUUCAGACAAAACUUCAGAAAAUCCAAACAUCAAUAAUGAAAUUUUAUUUUAAAAAGGCACAUUGUAUUGCAUUCAUAUUGCCUUAUUUGGCCCAACAGCAACAAAAUCCACAAAGAAUAACGUAUUCUGCAAGCACAGAACUGCUAACGUCCAACCAACACAAAACCAGGAAACGUCAUGUCUUUCAGAUUACAUGUAAUUGAACAUAUUAGCACCAGUGUCUCUGCCCACCGAAACUCAGUUGGCUGCUACUUAUGGUCGAGGAAGACACUUGUGUUGUGCUUACGGGCACAUGGACGUCUAUUUGGCAGCUCUGUGUGAUACAGGAUACUGGACUAGAUGAACCUUUUGUCUGAUCUAGCAGAGCCAUCCUUAGGUUCUAAGAAGUCAGUUUAUGAGUUGAUUUUCCCAUAAUGUUUAAUUUUUUGCUUGGUGUCUGUUGCUGCCUUGGCCAUUUUUUAUUUAAAAAAUGGCAAUAUUUUAAACACUCAGAACGAACCGUGUUUAGUUAUCCUUCAGAUCCCUGAAGACGUUUGUUGAAAUUGCCUGUCUUGUUCAUGUACAUUCGCCAUGUAUGUAGAAUUUGAUUCUGAAGGAUAACUAUUCAAAAUGGAGGACAGUUUUGUAUGCUUCGGUGGUGGUCAGCCUUCCUGUCAGCUGUAACCCACAGGAAGACUAAAAGAAUGAAAUAGUACCAGUCUAGUGUACUCUUUUGUAUAUACACAUGUCGGCCCUUCCCAUUUACUGAGGGGUGUGUGUGUGUGUUUUUGUGUGUGUGUGUGUGUGUGUGUGUGGAGAUUUCUGGGCUGACAAACAAUGCAGCAGCACAGUCAAAGAGAAAUAAAUGCCUGACACUGUUGCCAUUGCCCAGUUGCUUGAAACCUAUGCUCUCUGUGUCACUUGUGGUGGCGGUUACCCAUGAGGUAAAUUUGAAAAAGUAUGUGGUUUUACCUACACACCUACAGUGAAUGCUGUUAUCUGUUACUGUUUGUCAGGUUAAACCAGUGUACAGUCUGUGGAUGCACAUCUAGGAUAACUUUUAUUUUGGGUUUGUUUUUUAAACUUAUGUGUCUCCCCCCCCCCCCAAAUAACUAAGACAGGCGACGUACAUUUCUUCUCAGAAGUGGAUUUUCCCCCUUUCUCUGUGGACGAUAGUGGACAUGCUCUGAUUGUAAAGCAAUUCCUACUCCUGGCCAUUGAGUCCACAGCAGUGGAACAUCCUUUUCCGAUCAACUAUUGUGUUAGGUAAUUUUUUUGCAAUUUUUAUAAUAUUGAAGUGGGUGGGUUCUGAAAUUAAAGAACAUUUAAUUGAGUAUUUUGAGACAAAUAUAAAGGAGUCAUUUUUUCUAAAACGUUAAUAGUACUGAAACUAAAACAAGGGAUGGGAGAAAAUGUGAAAAUCAAGAAACCCUUUUUAUAUAGUAUUGAAGGUAUAGUGACUUUCUUCACUGAAAUCUUGUGAAUUAAAGAUAGGGGCCUGGUACUGAAAGAGCUUUGCAUAAAGAAACUCCUCUUUUAAAGUCUGGUGUAUCACCACUUCCGUGUAUACUUCUGUCUCGCUGUAAUUUAUUAGGGAAAAAAGACAGUAGAAGGGGGAUUACAGCCUAAAUUGAGGAUUUUGUUGUAUUAGGACAUAGCUAAGUCCAAAGCAUUAAAUAUGUAAAUCACAAGAAGCUUGGAUUUUAACUUCUUAAAUGUCUUAGAAGGUAAUCUCUUGAUAAGUAUAUGAAUAUACAUUCAUACUGAAAGUUCAAACUGUGAGGCCAGCAGAAAUUACCAGAAAGAUAGAGGCUUAAACCUUCCCUUCCUUGAUGGUAUAUCAAAUAUAUUUGCACACUGGACAAAUCAGAAUUGUAACUUAGUUAGCUGUUUACUGAGUACAGAAGCAUUCAAAAUUUGUUUCAGAAAACCUUUUAAAGAACAAUGGAGACAGAAUGUUUAGAAGAUCAAUAAUAUGCCAAUAUUGUGUUUAAAAAUGGGAGCUUCCCCAAGUUUUUGGGGCCAGCAGGCAUAAGAAACAGAUGGUAGGUAGCAUGUGAUACCCAUUUCACAUAAGAAAAACUGGUGAUGCUCAAAGCACAACCUGAAACAAAGCAAACCACCUACACACCCGAAAAAGCAGGCAACAUCACCUGGGGAAAAACAGGCUACACCUAACCUAAUCAAAACUUUAUUUUUUUAUUUUUUUUAAAUGGUGGGGACAGAGUUCCUAAGGGCACCAUAGUGUCCACAGACACUAUAAUAUACCUUUAACACAGAAAUUUGUAUUCUCACUACUUGUCGCUUUAGGAGGGGCUAUAAAUAUCAGGGGUUGCCAAUAUCAGGGGUUGCCACAAGCACACAUCCCUGCCCACCCCCUGGCCUGCCUUGGUGCCUACAAGGUGCUUUACUCUCCCUCCCCUCUGGUUUGAAAGAAGCGCUCUGUUGUAACCAGUGUGUUACGUUUUGCUGUGUAUGGUGCCCAUGACAAUUUCCUCUAGUUUUCGAAUGAGCCCUCAAGCCCUUCCAAAGUUGGCAACUCCUGAUCAAUGUACUUCUGCAAUCUGUUCUGGCUUAGCAAUGCAGUGUGUAUCUGUAAUUGCAUGGAGCACAAUUCUCACAUUCACUGGGGCAGAUAUGUGUAACAAAACAAUUGAUACAUUUCCAUGCAAUUACUAAGUACCUUUGGGUGGGGAGCCGGCAAAGAACUGGCAGGUUGGUAGGGAAGAUAUUGCAUAAUGAAGACAAUUGCACAGAAAAGGGAAGGUUGUCUGAUAGUGCAUCCCUUAAAACUGGCAUUGUGUGUUUGGGGUAACUUAGUUUUUUGAAAGAGAUUUAGCCACCUUUCAGCCAUAGGUGGCUUUCAAAGAAUAAAACAACACCAAAUGUAAUGAAAAAUAGCAUUAAAUUUUCUCAGAUACACAUUUUUGGCAAUUUACAGCUGCUGUUUCACAUUGUUGUGCAUUUAAUGUGUGGUAGGGUUACUUCAGCGUGAUUUUUCAUUCCAUCUGGGGACAACCUGUCUACCUGUUGUUCAUUAUCAUUCCCCAUAUCCAAAGUGAGAUGACCUGUCUGCAAGGGCAGGCCAUUGUGCCUUGUUCACUAUUCAGAGCAAACGCUUGCUUAUUGUGCAGGCUGCUCUGUUCCUACGUAUAUAUGAUCAGUGGCAAAAAUACCAGCGGGAAAGUGGUGGAUGGGAUGGUGUACUUCUAGUUUUCUGAGUUGAGAUCAAGCAAACUAUAUUCUGCACCAUUCAUUAUACAUGUAAAUCUAAACAGCUAGCUUAAGACUCUUCAAUGGGUGUUAUAAAAAUGUGACUGGAAUGUGAGUUGUACCUGUUUUGGAUUUUAGUGCGAGGAUUAGUUUUAAAACUAUUACCUAAUUGUAAAAUUGAAGUAGCUAUUAGGAUUGGGGUUGAGAGGAGCUGGAAAAAAUGAGAAGCAGCAAUGCUUUUACAAACUUAUCCAAUUCCCAUUCUUGAUUAAAAGCAGCAACCCUGCUUUAGUUUAAAAGGGAAUACCGUCAACAGACUAUAUAUCUCUCUUUCAGCAAAACUUUUGAUUUACUCACACAUGACAUCUUCCUAAAUAAACUUGAGAAAUACGGAUUGGAAAGGACAUAAUGGGGCUACAAAGUUGCUUGAAAUACUGCAUAUAAAAGGUAAUCAUUUUAAUGGAUUGAUAAAGCGAAUGUAAGUUGAUACUGAACAGCUUCAAUUCCAGGAGUCGAUCUUGAUUUCGGCAUCAUUGCUAUACCUAAGGAAGGAAUAAACAUCUUGCCAACUUUUGGGGGAUAAAGUGAACAUGACAAUUUAGUUCUGAUUGGGGAAAUUAUAUUGAUCAAUAUUACUGAGCCGUACUGAGUUCACAACACUUCUAAAGUUUCUCAACAAUUUUAUCAAAACCUUGUUCGGUCAGUAUUAUCCACAUAUUGCAGGUGGGCUGUUGAGGUUUUAAGAGGAUAUCUGGUGUAAGGCAACCCAAUAUCAUUGCCAUCGUUUAUGAUACUUUUACUUCUGCGAUCGGGAGCAAAACAUUCUUCUAGUGGCUCAAAAGAUCAAACAAUGUACAUAUCUAAAAACUACAUCUUACGAUAAUGAGAUUAAAGAACAUAACAAAAUUUAAAUAACCAUACAAAGGAGAAUAUUGACAAGCUGGAACGUGUGCAGAGGAGGGCAACCAAGAUGAUCCAAGGGUCUGGAAUCAAAGUUUUAUGAGGAACAGUGGAGGGAGUUGGGUGUGUUUAGCCUGGAAAAGAGAGGAGGAGAUUCAAUAGCCACCUUCAAAUUGGCUCAGUUGGGGUCAUGGGUUCGAGCCCCACAUUGGGCAAAAGAUUCCUGCACUGCAGGUGGUUGGAUUAGCUCUCACAUGGUCCUUUCCAACUCUGCAAUUCUAUGAUUUUAAAUAUGUAAAGGUCACAUGGAGAAUGGAACAAGCUUGUUUUCACCUGCAUUGGACUGUAGGCCCUGAACCAAUGGCUUCCAAGUUAAGAGAAAAGAGAUUCCAACAGUACUUUCUAACAGUAGGGUUUGUUUGACAGUGGAAAUGGACUUCCUCAGGAGGUUGUGGACUCUCCUUCCUUGGAGGUUUUUAAGCAGAAUCAUAGAUUCUUUAGUUGAGAUUCCUGCAUUGCAGAGGGUUGGAGUAGAUGACCCCUGAGGUCCCUGCCACCUGUGGAAAUCUGUGGUUCUAUAAAGUUAAUAGGCUAAUCAAAAUAUCUCAAAUAAAUGUACUGUACUUUUCCGUGUGUAAGUCUAGGUUCUUUUCUUUAAAACUUAUGCUAAAAGGUGGGGGUCGUCUUAUACAUGGAUAGUGCAUAGUGCAAAUUUUGUUAAAUUUGAGUCCCCUCAAAAAGGGGGCAUCUUAUACACGGAAAAAUACGGUACACCAAAAUUAAACAGUCCAUUCAUAAGUUAUGAUAGGAUUUAGCAGUGUAAAUACGAGACAAACUGUUCCCCUCAGCAACAGCCUCCUAAAGUAGACCUCACCGAUUGUCUUAGUGCACAUGGAGCAGCAGGAACAGUCUUUGGGUUGGAGUCAGUCAGGGCCCUGCCAUCUCAAGUCAAGUGGAAAUGUGCCAGCCAGCAGAGACUGGGUCUUGGAGGACUCACAGCUAGGUGGUACCUUCAGUGAAUUUGUGGCUGAUGCAAGAUGUGUACUGGGGCUUGCUCUAGCCUCUUACUCUGCACCAGAGAUCAUGGUAGGCAGUGAUAAUUUUUUAAAUGGUAAGUUCCAAAUAUUGUAAGAAAAACAAACAAACACUAGUAUGUAACAUUGCAAUUUUUUACUUUUCCCUAAAUUACAAAUGUGUCAAUGUAGCAUCAUGGUACCAAUAGGAACAGCCAAAUAUCACUUAGAUUUCAGCAAGACAAGCAUGUUAUCCAAGAGUUGAGAAAUAAGGCUUCUCUACAAUGGCUGGCAAGGAUUUAGGGUACAACUGCUGCAGAUUAAAGGCUGUAAACAGUAAAAUCGCGAGCCAAGAAAAAGUUUGUUGUUUAGUCGUGUCCAACUCUUCAUGACCCCAUGGACCAGAGCACGCCAGGCAUUCCUGUCUUCCACUGCCUCCCGCAGUUUGGUCAGACUCCUGCUGGUAGCUUCAAGAAAAAGUUUAGAUAGUCUCAAAUGUUUGAAAAGAUGGGAAGUGUUCUGACUACAAGAUGGAGGAAGCCUGUUGAUUGCAAAAUCUCCUUUCUAAGUUUAGCAAGGGAAGACUGCAUAGGCAUCUGUUGCCAGCAAGUCAAAGUACAGAAUGCUGCACUGGGCAGCUCCUUACCCUAAAUGUCAGGAGUCUCAAUCCUAUAUGCAACUGAAGCACAUCCAGGACUUCUGCAAGUGGGGUAGAAACUUGCACCUUCCUUUUCUUUCAGCUUGCAUGCGCCUAAAAGCUCCAAGUCACCUGAAUAGCAUUAUGCAGGUGCCGGAGAGGUAAGGUCACUCAAAAGGUUUUGUCCGAGUUUACACUUGUGGUAGCUCCUCCAUGCCACAAACACACUGAAAAAUAAGCUGCGCAAUACUGUAGGUGAUGGAGCUUGGUCGCAGCACCAGAUCAAGAAGGAUAAUUUGUCCUUUUGCUAGGCUGUCUGGGUGUAUGUGGCUAAGCUGCAAUGCUUUGGAAUAUGAGAUUGAAACCCUGGAUUAACUGGUGUUUGGAAGCCUGUUAAUGUGGUCAGGAACUGCCUUAGGGUUGGUGUGUUGGUCAGUUUGACCAGUCAAGCCCUGCCAGUUAGCUGCCUAUUUGAUCAAAUAUUGUCAAAUGUUACAUGGAGUCAAGAAUGCUUCUAUUUAGGUGGAAGCUUUUCUUUUAUUAUGCUGCCAUUGAUUAGCAAUGACAGGCAUUGGGGGUGCUUACCAUUGCUGCUUGGGACUUUGACGCUGAUGGAGGUACAGAGCCAACUGAAAAUGAUACAGAGUAAAGCAUUGACAUGUUUUCUACUUUCCACAACAGUUUAAAAACUGGCUUGUGUUUUGCUCUUAGUUCACUUUGUUUUGAAUUGAUUUUUUUAAAAUCUUGUGAUUAUAGGCUGACACUAGUGUUCCCAGGAUAAAAGCCAGAGUAGAACUGUCCAGUGAACUGACCACAUUUGUAAGAAUUCUUAAAUAAUGUUGUUAAAUAUUAUAAUAAUUCAUUAAGAUUUCUUCUAAAAGGUUUUUCUAAAUUUUUUUGAAAAAAGGUGUCUGUAUAAUCUCUUAAAAUUAAUACUUAACAUGUGUGAUUAUUUGACAAUAUUUGACCAAUGUCUAACGCCAUUCUGAGAAACUAAAAUGAGCAAGCACUUUCUCAACAGUUAGAUUUUAUAGCGUUCUGGAUAUGACACCAAAUUUCAUGAUAUGUAGCUGAGUAAAUGAAGAAGUGUCAAUUGUAGAAAUAAUCACCUUGGAGACACGAUGAAAGAAAUGUGCUCUUUGAUCUUGGGCUGGGUGUACUUGGCUACUUAAAAAGACCACCGCAAAAUGUUACCUGUGUUUUGCAAAGCUGGAUUCAAUGGCUUUAUAUAUGUUUAAGUACACAUAGAAAUGUGUUUAAAUUUGCAUGCUGCAUCUAAUUCUGCUUCUACUAGACCCUGGGUAUGGGCAGUGUCUCACCUCCUGGUGCCUGAAACCCUAUUCAGGAUCUGAACCUUCUGUCACCACCCUGUCCUCUUAGAUUUCACCAUCCAUUUCCAACACGGAUUGGCCUUCUGUAGACAUAGGCUACAAGUAGAGGAUCAGUUAACUAAAUUAGUGGAUUCUGCAAUGGAUGAAAUGGUUUGGCUUCUUCCAUUUGAGCAUAUUUAGUUAAAAUAAUGGAUGGUUAUGAAUUGGCUUUAGCUAUGCCCUCUUUGUGGCAACCACAUUCCCAGAAACAUUAAUAUUUUUGCCUUACUACGUCUCUUUACAAAGUCACACCCAUUGUUGAAUGUUCCUCAGCAGGAAAUGUGAGGCACAUCAGUCUUUUCAUAUGUGUUUCUAGAGAGAAGAGCAUUGCCAGCCGCUUGCGGAAGAAAAGCCCUAGUUACUAGGGGUGCAUUAGCCUGAUAAACUGUCAUGGAAGGAUGUUCUGAAAAAUGUAGAGGGAAUUUCUCUGCCUCUCAUUGCCCUCUCUAGCUGGGAGGGAGUGAAGAAUUACCUAUACCCCCUAUCGCAUGUGCUAAGUUCCUGAGCAACCUUAAUGGAACAAACGUUGAUAUAAAACGGGUCUCCAAUCUGAUGCAUUGAUACAACUAAAGGAGGGAGGUCUCAUCGCAUCAUCUUUAUUAAAUGGGGUACCGUGUAGCACCAUGUGAACUGUCCCUUUUGAUGAAUGUCCCUGAUGCAGGGAAACAGUCUGACAUGCCAAAUUAAGAGUAGAUGAUCAUUUAAUAAGCUUUAAUUGUUUUUCUUCUUCUAGGAAAUGGUUAUGAUGCUGAAGUGCAGUUGAAGAUGUACUUCAGGAGUGCUUUGUCCAAGGAAUAUAGCAGAGGAAGUUGAAUCCUUCAAGUUUCAGGUAUCUUCUUCCACCAUUCCCCAGUCGUCUUUUGGUUUCCAGAUUCAUGAUGGCUUAUUUCUGAUUGUUUUACAUUUUUGUAAAGAAGGGGAGAGGAAAAUUUCAAAGGGUUUUCAAGACACAUGUCUGAAGAUAUCUUUGUUUUUGAUCUCCAAUGGGUAGAGGAAUUUUUGCCUACUGGAUUAUGCUGUGAUGAGCUGUGGGCCUGUAGAAACUGCGCUGAGAGGGGCAGAUGCACAUUGAUCUCAAUAUGGACCUAUGAACUUUGGGUGUUCUAUGACUUCUUUCAAAGGAUGGUGUGGCUGCUUGAAGAAACAUGAAUGUUCUUGAUGCUGCUGUUUGGCAAACUUCAAGUUUAUUACCGUGAAUUUAUCAAAUGUAAAACAGAUCUGCUGUCAUGUAAUUUGCAGUUCUGGGUUGUAUCCAGUGGUGGUUUUGCCUUAGUUAGAACAGAAAGCACUUCUGCUUAUGCAAAUUGGGGUACCCAGUUUUGUUGUUUUGCCUGUAAUUUUCCUUCCCAAAGGCUGAUCCAUAGCAGAAUGGAAUAAUGGAACACAACCAAAAUUCUGUAGCUAGACUCUUGCGGUUGCUGCAAAGGAAAAACCACAAUUGAAGUCAACCCACUGUUUCUAGGCUCUGUAUUCCAAUCGGUAUGAAAUGCUAUUGAUUUGUGUUUUUCUUGUUUCCUAGUGAAUGUACGCAAGGUAUAUUUUGGGACAGUUAUACUAUGUGGAGUUGCAGGCAAUCAACUACUGUACCAGAGGUAGUCGGGAAUACAAAAGAAUGAAUUAUUUGAGGAGGGUAAGUAGCUUAAAGCUGCCGGAGAUAAAACAAGAAUGACAUUUAAAUUUAAAGUGUGGAUAUUCUUUCUGGUGUGCUUGGACAGUCAAUGGGUGCUUGUGAUAUAGAACCUGCCAGUCAUCUCUCUUCUUUAUAGAAUAACAAGUGCUGUGUGGAUUCCAUGUAACUCAUGACUUAAUAGUGCAAGCAUGAGUGCUAUGUGAUGAAAAAAUUGUAAGACUGUUAACAGAUUUAAAAUGAAACCAAUAAAUAAUAAUAAUAAUAAUGCAUUCUGAGCAGUUUCCAACAUAAUAAAAGCACAGAAAAUAUCAAACAUUAAAAACUUCCCAUUACAGGACUGCCUUCAGAAAGUUUUGUAGAUGUUAUCUGUUUGACAUCUGAUGGGAGGGCGUUCCCUUGGGUGGGCGCCACUGCCAAGAAGGUCCUCUGUCUGGUUCUCUGUAGCAUCCCUUCUCGCAGUGAGGGAACCGCCAGAAGGCCUCCUGAGCUGGAUCUCAGUGUCUGGGCUGGAUGAUGGAGGUGGAGAUGCUCCUUCAGGUAUACAGGGCUGUUUAGGUCUUUAAAGGUCAGCACGAACACUUUGAAUUGUUCUCAGAAAUCCUGGGAGCCAAUGUAGGUCUUUUAGGACUGGUGUUAUGUGGUCCUGGCGGCUGCUCCCAGUCACCAGUCUGGCAGCUGCAUUAUGUAUUCACGAGUUAUGAACAAAUACAUGGUGUGUAGUGUUUAAAAUCUGUUUUGUAUUUUAAAUCUUGUGUUUUAAAGCAGUGGUUCACAAUUAGUUAAGUACUGUAGACUCCCUGUUUUUUAAAGCCAUGGACCCCUUACUUUCAUUAUAAAAUUAAUGGCAACCAUUGGGCUAAAAGUUCUGUGAGGAUUGCCAAAGGAGGGAGUCAGGCUGUGCCCUGGCCAGCUAGAGGUAUCAAAAUUCAUUGCACCAAAAGUUUUGCAAAUACCUAUCUUGCUAGAGAUGAUUGUGCAAACGUUUGGGGUUGUUGUUUUUGUUCUUAACAGGCUGGAUAAAGCUGAAAAAUGUCGUUCAACUUUCAAUGUGAAGAAUGCUUCAUGGAAAUUUGAGCGGAAACUAUUUGACUCCAUGUACCAUAUUGAUCUGCUCAUUUACCUAAAAAAAAUCCAGUAUCCAGAACAUUACGGAAUGUUCUCAUUAACUGCUUUCAAACAAAACUGGCCUGUUUUACCUCAUUUCCCCAUACUCACUGCUGUUUUUCUCUAUUCUGGUAAGUUAUUUGGGGACAAUACAUCCUUUCAGUCUAUAUGAAUGGAAGAAAUGAAUCAAAAAAAGUACUACUACAAAAAAGUACUACUGCUUUGUUUAUAGCAAUCAACAUCCAGCUGGGAUGAAUAUACCUACUGCAUAUACUUACUUUCCCCACCCGUUUCAUAAAUACCUCUGGGGCAGUUCAGUAGAGCUUGUUCGAGGGAAUCAGAAGCGUUCAAAGUUCAGGUAUGGUUGUUCUAGCAGUUUUGAUUUGAGGCUACACUUUCUGCUUUGUGCAGAAAGUUCAUCCACACUGAACUGCAUUCGCAUCACAUGGAUUCGUAUCACAAUGCCAAAUGCAACACAGAUCAUGCCCUGGUGGUAGUCAAGAUCGUUCUCUAACCAAAAAGGACCCAAAGUAGAAAGUGCAGCACUUUACAAUUAUUACAACAUGUAGAAAAAUCAAUCAAGUGGCCCACCAGGAGCUUCAGCGAUUUUCAAAUGAUAGGGGGAAGUUAGGUAACCACCAAUGUGAGACACACACAUAAGUACUAUCAAAGGUGUUAACAACUGAAAUUUCCUUUGGACAAAGUAUUUAUAGAUGGUUAUGUUUUGAACAAGUAUGGGAAAACCCAAGUUUUAUGUUCCACAACAUAUACCACAUUGAAGCUGCCUUUUGGGACUUACAUAUUUCACACAAAUUUCAUUUCUCAUUUAAAAAUUGCACUACUUCCUAUAAUUUUUCUACAUUUUCACUGACACAUUGCUUGAUAUACAAUAGGAAGAGUUUCAAUAUGAAGUUCUAUCUUUUAACAAUGUUCCAUCUUACAAAUAAGUUUUAUAAUUCAUACAGCUUACAUUUCAUUAGUACAGAAAUGCUGCUAGCCAAUAAAAUUGUGUCCAUUUAUUAGGACACUAGAUGAAUCCUUUAGGGAGUGAGGAGAUAGAAUAAGUCUAUAAAUAUGGUCUGCCUUAAAAAAAAACAAUUUGAAAGUAUCUGUUAAAAGUUUAGUUAUGGAAAGAAGUACAAUUACAGGUUUUUUAUUCAGGCUUAACAACAACCACCGCCAUUGAUAAGCCACAAUAUCUUAGUUACCACCAGUCUUUUAUUAAGGCAAAAGCCUAUCUAUAUUCCUGUAUUUAAACUGCAAUAGCAAAUAUAGCUCUGCCUGCUUUAAAAAAGCGUUAAUUUAAAUACAAACACUGAAGUAGGACAAAAUUUAGCAUCUACAAUCAAGAACCAGACUUUUAAAAAGGUCAUCAUUUUAAGGGUUUUGCACCACUUCACACUUUGACUUUGAAACGUAGAAUUACAAUCAUUGGCACAAAUACCUAUAUACAAACAAAAUAAAACCAUCUUGUCCACUUAAGCAGCACAUGGCUGCUAACCUGCUCAAGAAUUCACAUGUAAAAUGGAGACCAGGUAAAAAAGAAACGGAUUGAACAGUGUCCUGACUGCACCAGGAGUUCCCAAACUGCUUGAUCAGUCAAAAAGGAAGAAGUAAACAAAUACUUCCAAGAAAAUAACUGCAUCAACAGCAUGAAGUUCAUUAGCUUAUGGCAGCUGCACUCUGUAUGCACCUAUCAGCAGCUUCACCUGUAAGGAAAAAAAUGCCAUUGACUAUCCAUCCAAUUAAAUGCUGAAAAGGCAUGGAUGACAUACUCACAAGUACAUGUAUGUUCUCAAAGCCCUGCUAGCUUCACUCUCAACAGUGAUUAAAGUAUGGGUUUAGUUAUUUUGCACAAUGAACACAUCUUACACAGGUAUAUUAAAACAUUCUGAUGGAUGAAGCAACUCCUAGUCUGAGGACCCUAUGAAAACUACUUCAUCAAGCAGUAGCUCUUGCAUUUUGUAACCACAAUACACUUGGGGGACCAUGUCAGGGUCAAAAAGCGGGGGGAGGGGGGGGGGGGUUAUUUUAAAAUACAGACUAGUUUGAUAAUUUAGUAAAGGAAAAUAUUAUUAUGUAUUUUUAUUAUGCCUUUUGUCUGCUUGUUUUUUAUUUUUGUGAACCGUCCAGUGAUCUUUGGAUGCAAGGCAGGAUACACAUUUAAUAAAUAAACAUAUCUACAUUGUUUCCAACCACUUCACAAACUGAGUAGAUUCACUGAACUCGUUGGUGAUGACCAACUUAAGCCGAUUUAUUUCCUUAGCUCUACUGAACGUGAGUUGGUGUACAUGCACCUGGAAUUGCAUUUCUCACCUUGGCAGUAGGAGCUUCCACCAAUCGUAUGAAGAGUUUGUUAAGGCCUGGAAUAGGACUGAAGGAGUAAAUGAAGUGACUGUCCU